AUGGGCGCCCUGUGUCGGUCCAGGGCUGGCACUCUAUGCCGGGGGACCGUGCAUGGACACAUACUCUCUGUUUGUGCCGAUUGGGUUGGUAUCCGUGCGAUGACCGGCGGUACCCAGGGUAAGGGACCCCCUGUAGGCCCCCUACCCGGCGAUCAGCAGAGCCCCGGGGACAGCAGCCCGGCGGGGGGCCCUGCAGGAGGAGGGCGGCUAGGCCCAAUCCCCGGGCUGGAUUCCGAGGCUCUCCGAAUCAUUGCGGCCCAUGAGGCGGCCUGCGAGGUGAGUCCUGCCCCGAGCGCCGUGCACUCUAUGUUACAAAUGUCAAUAUUUAUAGAACUGAUCGCUGGUUAUGUUUUGUUAUUUACUAUUCUGUAUUUCACUGCCCAUUUUAUUCAUGUAAAGGGAUUAGUUUCCCUCUGUUUAAGGUACACAGAGGGAUGUUCCUCCUGCAGUGUAAAUAAUCCUGCUUCCUUGAACAGGUUCUGGUGCAGGAGGCUCCCUGCCAUGCCCGAACCUACAAUUUAUAACAGGAACCAAGGUUUAGUAAACAGUGAAUUGAAAAAUAAACUCCAAAACUUCCAAUUUAGGCAAAAAUAGCAAGCUUCAAAUAAUUCUCCAAUUAUGCUAUAGCCAGCCCUUUUUUUAAAAAUGUUUUUUUUUUUUUUUUUUUGCAAACAUUUUGCUAUUCAGUUUCAAAUGCCCUACAAUUUGGUGUUAAAGUGUCAUUGUCCUCUCACAAUGACAUCGCCUAAGGUGGUCCAGUGGUUGGGGGCGGGUAAAAGUGAGGUUACUUAACUGAAUUGUUUAAUAGUUCGAUGGGACAUUGUGGGUUUUUAUUUGGCAUUUUUGGGGGCUGAAAAAAGAAAACUGAAGAAAAAAAGAAGACGUCUGAUGGGGAGUAUUAAUGUUUUAUUUUACAGGUAUUUAGUUUAUCACUCCCCCCCUCACUAUUAUUAAUGUGAGGAAAGUAGGAAGGGUAUUCCGUUAGGAGCAUGGAGGAGGGGGGCUGCCACUAGGGGCUUGGGGACCCCUUGUAACUGGGAGGGGUAAUUUACUGUUACAAUUAGCACCCACCCAUUUUCAUUUAAGGACCCCACUUGCAGCUAAUGGUGUGGGCUGGGGAGAGCAAUAGAUUCCCCCCCUUUAUUACUUAAGGCCCCCUUUAUCAAUUAGGGCCCCUACCUGCCACUAAUGGGAGAGGCGGGGGGGACAGCAGGUUCCACAUAUUUAUCACUUAGGGCCCCCAAGCACCAACAAUGGGUCUGCCUUUGGAUUGGAUUUUGGGGUCUUUUUUUCUUUUACAGCAGUGAUCAGCCACUCGCAGCAUAGCGAGUAUGGGCAGGAGACAGAUUUUAACCUAGCUUAUUUACUAAUACUAAGUAUUUUUUUAACUCCGUUUGCUGAAAGACCAAUUUUGGUCUUUCAGUUUUUUAGUAGAUCGCUACCUAAUACUUGUAGGAUUAGGGGGCUGUCUACUAAACAGCUGCACGAUGCAGCCAUGGCCCAGAUUGGAAUAUUUUUUUCCGAAUGAAAUUCUGAACCGAAAAUAAUGCUGAAUUUUGGCUGAACAUAAAUGGACAAACUGUCAGUAUUUUGUUGGGAUGAAAUUCGAUCAUUUCGCCUACACCCUAGUCUAAAUGAUAGAAAGCUCAGGAAUGGCGAAUAGAGGCAACGCAGGAAAACAGAGGAGGGGUUAGUAUUGUGCAAAAACUUUAUUUGACACAGGUUCACCACACUUAAUGGAACCAGGGCCGGUGCAAGGAUUUCUGCCGCCCUAGGCAAAGAUCAAUUUUGCUGCCCCCUCAGGAAAUACAAUCUCACAGAGGUUUAUUCUCUAAACUCUGAAUUGCAGUGAGUUGAAAGCCAAAUUGCAAAGUUUAAGCAAAAACAUCUGAAUAGUGAGUGUAGCCAUAUUGGGGAAUUCUUCUAGAUCAGCUAUUUUGGUCUACAUUUUGCCAUAUAGUUUCCAGUUAGGUCUGCUUAAUACACACGUACUGCUUAAUGUGUACAUCCAUACACACAUACUGCCUAAUACAUGCAUCCAUACACACACGGCUUAAUGCGUACAUCCAUACACACACUGCUUAAUGCGUACAUCCAUAUACACAUUGCUUAAUGCAUACAUCCAUACACACAUUGCUUAGUGACACAUACUCAGUCACUGACAGACACAAACACUCACAAACACACACUCUCUGACACACAUACAAUCACUCACUGACACACACACACAGAUACACUAAUUGACCGACAAACACACACUCACUGACACACAGACUCACACAGUUGUAACAGCGUGCUGUUUAGUAUGCCGGGGCUGGAAUGAAGUCAUAUUCCGGCUCCCGACAUCACAGAGGGCGCGCGAGGGAGGAGUGAGAAGCUGCAAGAACAGCCUCCCUCGCCGCCCACAAUACAGCCGUUUGCCUCCUGUCCCACUCUCCUCCAGCAUUUCUUGGCAGAGCAGGCACCUGCCAUCAAGUUAAGCUGGUGCCUGCUCUGCCAUACUGAAGGACAGCUUUGGGGGCGCCCUGAGGUGGCCAGAGGGCCACCUCCUGGGUCCCCUGUGACAGGACUCCCCUGGGCACCCCCACUUUCGGGCGCCUCCAGUAGGCCAGUGCCCUAGUGCCUUCAAAAAUAGUUCUUUCUCCCAUAGACUCUAUGCCGACGAUUUGACUGACACAGGAGAACUGAAAAGAUCUCUCACCGGCCAUUCUUAUGCUCUCCCUUGCAUCUUCAUACAGCUUCAUACGCAGUGGUUGCUAUGGAAACUCCUUAGUGCUGCUAGCACUAGGGAUUAUAGUAACGGAGUGACUAAAGUCGCAUUGUUCAGAUGCCGACAUGCUGGUCUUGACACCAGCAUGUUGGCGCCACAGAGGAUGUUUCCCAAUCAGAGCAAAUCACAGAAGAGAACAGGAGGAGCUGAGGAUGGACUAGAGGUGGGUGUUACACAAAGUGUAACAGCCACAAAGCUCUAAAGAUGGUGGUACUGCAUUUAUAUUUUACAUAGAAUAUAUCAUGUAUCUUUGUUAAAAGUAAGUAGAUUUUUCCGUAACAGGUUCACUUUAAAAGCUGUUUAACCCCUUGAGGACACAUGACAUGUGUGACAUGUCACGAUUCUCUUUUAUUCCAGAAGUUUGAUCCUUAAGGGGUUAAACUAGCACACAUUAAUAAAGGUUUGGUGAAAUAACAUUUAAGGCCAUUUCUAAACCUAAUUUUGCAUUUUUGUAUGAAAUGUCUGAAAAUAUUAAUGCAUUGCUGAUCUUGGGUAAAUUAAAGUGUGUAAAUAUGUAGCUUUAAUACACCUAUUCAAUAUUUUAAAAUACAUUGGUUUUAGGUGAAACUUCCCCUUUAAAAAGACAUUGAAUAUACUCACACAUACUAUUGCCAGACUACCUUAAUUACUAUAUUAUUAGUAUGCAUUAAAGGGCAUUUAUCAUUACAUGUUCUAUAUGUCCUAUCAUGUAAGCGUGCCCUAAAUGAUAGUAAAUGGAAAGUAAUUUGAUUUGUGUUCAUCAAUUCCAUCUUUCUUGUCUCCAACUAUAAUAUCCAGCAUCCAGUGAGUGUCAGUUCUCCAUCACAGGCGCCUAUUGGGAUUCUGAGUUUACCAUGUGCUCCCUAAUUAUUGUGGCAUGUGGAAUGGAUAAUUUUCCAUGUACACAAAUCGUUGAGAAUGUAAUGAAUUGAUUAUAUUUUAAAUUCCAGUGAUGUAUGUUAUGUUAUCAACACUGAGAAGAAGACACUGAGCAGAGUUCCCGUCUUCCUUUCUCACUCUAUUUUGUUCCCAGUUUAGGGUGUAUUUACUGAGAAGAACAAUUUUGAGUGUGUGAAACCUGAUGGGCUCCUUUUUACAUAGUUAAAGGGUCACUGUAGUCACCCAGACCAUUUCAUCUCAAUAAAGUUGUCUGGACGCAGUGGCAAUGACCACUCACCAUUAAAGUUGCUAUUGGUGCUAAUCCACAGUUUGGAUAUUAUCAGUGUAUUCAAAGCCCUGUUUCCAGAUUUUAUUUUGAUGUGCACAUGGCUCGGUUGAUAGGAGGACAGGUGAUGUUUUGGGUUUUGGAGUUUCUCUGUGUGUGUGUAUAUAAAUAUAAUAAAUUAUUAAAUUUUAGUGCAACUAUUUUGCCUUUUUCAUUGGUUUCCUUUAUAUUUGUUUCACUAUUCUAUAUUAUUUAUGAACCUUCAAUUUAGAUCUUUAGUUCACUGUACUGAUAAUAAAUAUAUAAUCCAUACUAAAUUGAAUUUUGGUAUAAUUUUGAGUGGCCCAGUAAUCUUACCUGGUUUUUGUUUUAGGCUGGACAAGACCACUACAUUGAUCCUUCGACUGGGUACUCUGUAUUCACCAGAAUGGCUCAUUUGAAAAGGGGGAAAUGUUGUGGUUCUGCGUGCAGACAUGUAAGUGUCACCAUUUUAUAUCCAUGUUUCCUACACAUUACACUGAGGUUUAUUAACUAAGUAACAAAUUCUAGUGAAUUGAAAACCAAAUGCCAACCUCUAGGCAUGCAUAGCUGAUUUGGAAAAACUGUCCAGGUUUGCUAUAGUCACAGCUUGGCUAUUUUAACCUAAACUUUGUUAUAUCAUUUUCUCUACGAUUUCAUGUUUAGUUUAUAAACCCCACAAUGUCAUUUAAGUAUUGUCAUGUGCAUACUCCAUCAACUCAGUGUCCGCUCUAAUCAAAUUGACUCAUUCCUGUUUCGUUUCAAUCAAAGCUCAGAGCUAAAUUUCAGCCCUCCGAAUUGGUGAAAACACUCUUUGAUGGUCGGCGAGAUUUCAUUGGAAGCUUUAUUUUCAAAUGUGUUGGUUUAUUUUGUUUUUUAUAUUCUGUUAUUGAAUGGGUACGUUCUAAUAUUAUUUGUAUUGGCAGUGUCUCCUAUCUUCAUUAAAUUAGGAGACUACCCAUUAUUAUGCAAGAUUCACAUUGACUUCAUGUCCCUUUAAACUUAAUUUGUAGCAAUGUCUGGUGGAGUGCUCAAUAUAAUGGCAACCCAGACUUCUUCUCUAGUUUAAACAACAUUAUUAUUAUUAUUAUUAUUAGUGCCAUUUAUAUAGCGCCAACAGAUUCCGUAGCGCUUUACAAUAUUAUGAGAGGGGAUUUAACUAUAAAUAGGACAAUUACAAAUAAACUUACAGGAACAAUAGGUUGAAGAGGACCCUGCUCAAUCGAGCUUACAUUCUAUAGGAGGUGGGGUGUAAAACACAUUAGGACAGGAAUUUGCAAUCAAAUAAGGUGGGCUGCCCUUUAGGAGAGGGCAAGAGACAGGUAUGUGAGGUAGGGGUUAGUCUUGGAGGCCAUAAGCUUUCCUAAAGAGAUGGGUUUUAAGGCACUUCUUAAAAGAUGCAAGACUAGGGGAGAGUCUGAUGGCGGGAGGCAGGCUAUUCCAUAGGAAGGGAGCCGCCCGCGAGAAGUCCUGCAAGCGCGAGUUGGCCGUACGGGUGCAGACAACGGACAGGAGGUGGUCACGGGCAGAGCGGAGAGACCGAGAAGGGACAUACCUUUGGAUCUGUGAGGAGAUAUAAGAGGGGCUAGAGUUGUUCAGUGCUUUAUAGGUGUGAGUUAGUGCCUUGAAUUGACUCCUAUAGCACACAGGAAGCCAAUGUAAGGACUGGCAGAGGGGUGAGGUGUGAGAGAACCGACUAGAGUGGAAAAUCAGUCUAGCAGCAGCGUUCAUUACAGACUGUAGGGGUGCAGUACGGCUUUUGGGAAGACCAAGCAGGAGAGGGUUACAAUAAUCCAUGCGGAAAUUACUAGAGCAUGGACAAGCUCCUUGGUAGUAUCUGGUGCAAGAAAGGGGCGGAUGCGGGCUAUGUUUUUAAGAUGGAAUCUACAGGAUUUGGCAACAUGCUGGAUGUGAGGCUCAAAGGUGAGACCAGAGUCAAGUAUGACGCCAAGACAGCGCGCUUGCAAGGAUGGGCUGAUGUUGGUACCACAAACUUGAAGGGAGAGCGAAAGAGGAGGAUCAGUAUUAGGAGGAGGAAAGACAAGGAGCUCAGUUUUUGAGAGAUUGAGUUUCAGAAAGCGGGAGGACAUCCAGUCAGAGAUGGAAGAAAGGCAAGCAGUGACACGUUGCAGGACAGCAGGGGAGAGGUCUGGGGAGGAGAGAUAUAGCUGGGUGUCAUCAGCGUACAGGUGGUAGUAGAAUCCAAAUGAGGUAAUAAGUUUGCCAAGAGAUGCAGUAUAAAGAGAAAAUAGAAGGGGACCAAGGACGGAGCCUUGGGGGACUCCAACCGAGACAGGGCGAGGGGAGGAGGUAUCAUUAGAAAAAGAGACACUGAAUGAGCGUUGGGAGAGAUAAGAGGAAAAACAUGAGAGGACAGAGUCACAGAGACCAAGUGAUUGCAGAGUUUGAAGAAGGAGAGCAUGAUCAACGGUGUCAAAGGCCGCUGAGAGGUCAAGAAGAAUUAGUAUGGAGUAGUGGCCUUUGGAUUUAGCUGCGAUUAGGUCGUUAGUAACUUUGAUAAGGGCAGUCUCUGUAGAGUGGAGAGGGCGGAAGCCAGAUUGAAGGGGGUCAAGGAGAGAGUUGGAAUUGAGGAAAUGAGACACACGGGUAAAGACAAGUCUUUCCAGAAGCUUUGAGGAAAAAGGGAGCAGGGAUAUGGGACGGUAGUUAGAGGGGGUGGACGGGUCGAGGGAUGGUUUUUUUAGUAUAGGUACUACAGUGGCAUGUUUAAGGUCAGCAGGGACGAUGCCAGAAGAGAGCGAGCAGUUGAAGAUGUGUGUUAGAGAAGGCACGAGACAAGUGGAGAGAGAUCUGAUAAGGUGAGAUGGGACAGGAUCGAGCGGGCAAGUGGUGGGGCGAGAGGAGCAAAGAAGGGCAACCACCUCUUGGUCAGUGGCUGGGGAGAAUGUCUGAAGGGUAGGAAAGGCAUGAUCUAUGUGUGAUUGAGAAACAGAAAGGCAAGGAGGGGAGAAUUCUUUCCUUAGCUGUUCAAUUUUGUCAGUGAAGUAACAUGCAAAGUUAUCAGCAGUAAAGUUGGUUUGGGGGGUGGCCACAGCGGGGCGAAGAAGAGAAUUAAAGGUGUCAAAGAGACGCCUGAGGUUGCGGGAACAUGAACUAAUGAGAGAGGAAAAAUAGGACUGUUUGGCAAGGGCAAGGGCUGCACUGUAUGAACACAAUAUGAAUCUAUAAUGGAGUAAGUCUGACUGGGUGCGAGACUUCCUCCAGGAGCGUUCAGCACAACGGGAGCAUCUUUGCAGGUGGUGCGUUGAUUUAGUAUGCCAUGGUUGGGGGCGGGUCCUCCUUGAGGUGCUUGUUUGGAGUGGCGCUGCAGUGUUCAAGGCAGAUGUAAGAGUAGAGUUAUAUAUGGAGAUGGCCAGUGAAGGACAGGAGAGGGAAGGGAUGGACAGCAGUUGUGAAUCAAUGUCAGCUGACAACUGUUGGAGAUCAAGAUAAUUAAGGUCCCUCCUGAGUUGAGUGGGUAGGCGGAGGUUGUUGGGUGAGGGGCUACGUGAGAGCAAACGAUAAGAGGUGGUGAUCAGAGAGUGGAUACGGAGUGUUGCAGAUAUUAGAUACAGUACAUGCAUAAGUGAAGAUUAGGUAAAGGGUAUUGCCAGCUACAUGGGUGGGAGAAUUUGCCCACUGUGAUAGCCCGAGGGAGGAAGUAAUUGAAAGUAGUUUAUUGGCUGCAGAGGUCAAAGGUGGGUUUAUAGGAAUAUUGAAGUCCCCGAGAAUUAGGGAUGGGAUGUUAGAAGAGAGGAAAUAGGGUAGCCAGGCAGCAAAGUGGUCAAGGAAGAGAAGAGGGGAACCAGGGGGACGGUAAAUAACAGCAAUGUUAGCAGAGAAGGGUUUGAAAAGGCGAAUUGAGUGUAUUUCAAAUGACGGGAAAGAGAGGGAAGGGGGGGUGGGAAGAGGUUUAAAAGAGCAGUGAGGGGAGAGGAGAAACCCAACACCACCACCUUUACAUUCAGAGUUUCUUGGGUUGUGGGUAAGUUGGAGACCACCGAAGGACAAAGAUGCAGGGGUGGCAGUGUCAGAGGGGGAGAGCCAGGUUUCUGUUAAGGCUAGUAAAUCUAUUGAACGAGAGAUGAAGAAGUCAUGGACAGCAGUGGAUUUAGUUAUAUUGCAAACAGAGCGUGCGUUCCAGAGGGCAGUAUUGAAGGAGGAUUUAGAUGAACAACAUCAACCAACUAUAUUAUAAAAAAUAUAUCAUACAUUGCUCUCUUUGCCCUCUUUGUUCUCAAUGAUUUCUGAAUAUAUAUUGUUAAAGGAACGCUAUUCUUAGUAAAAUUUAUUAUUCCCAACAGCUAUAGCGUUAGGAAUACAAAUAACGCAAUAGAACCCUAGUCACCGUUCAGGUGACUAGUGCCCUGUUCCGCGGCAAAUAAAUGGUUGAUUAACCAUAUAUUUGCUUACCUUAAUCCAGCGUUUGGCUCCCUUGGCACUGGUGACCUCUCCUCCUCCAUCGACGUCAGCUCCUAUGGGGAUCUUUUUUGACGCUGGACUCAGUGAGGAUGUCCAGCGUCAAAUUAGUGCGAUUUACUCGUGGAUGCAGCCUCUAGUGGCUGUCAGGGAGACAGCCACUAGAGGAUGGAUUAACCCUGCAGUGUAAACACAGCAAUUUCUCUGAAACUGAAAGUUGAAGUGGUCUGGGUGCCUACAGUGGUCCUUCAAAGUUUAUUUUCCACGCACUCUCAAUAUCUUUCAUAGCUUACUCUGGUAACUAUCCACACAAAUAAACAUGCACAAUGCCACUUAUCUUAGUUUGAAAAAACCCUUAUUAAACUUUUUGGCUGGCUAAUAGAAGCAUUUUUAAUGAAUGAAAGUAUUUACAACUUAUGAACUAGUUAUCUCUUGCAUUCCUGUUAGAUUGUGAAUACCCAUCAUAUCUUGUAUGUAGUGGGGGGAGGGGUGUCAAAGUAGGCUGAGAAACAGAAACUACAGACUUGCCGUUAGUAAGGAAAAUUCAGAAGUGAACAAAUUUUUUUUUUUGCUUAUUUUUAUAUAUAAUAUAUACUAUAAACUCCAGCCUGCAAUAUCCCUUUGUAUAGACAGUUAUGUUUAGAAGCAUAAAAUACCAAAUUAUCUGGAUUAAUUAUCCAAAGGUUAAGGUUUGCAUAGGUAAUAUGUAGUACUAGGUAUAUUUUUCGAUCUCUAUUUUUCUGACUGCCACUAAAAGAAUAUCUUCAUUAAGAUUUUUGAAAAAAAUCAAAGGUCUUCAUGUUUAGUGUCAUCACGCACAGUUUGAUGAUGCUGAAUGCUGUUAAUGCUGCAUUAGAUUAAUUGCUUUUCUUUUUAAAACAUCUGAUUCGCAGAGUGCAGUGACUGACACACAUGUACUACAGGUACCCAAUGCUUCUAUAUGAGAAGCAGUGGAUUGGACAAAAGUCCUCAAUCCAGAUGACCUCACUGGAGGUGGAGCGACUGCUCUGAGGAGACUGACCUGAUGCUGCAUUAGAGAUACAUUUUAUGCCAAUGUUUUGUUAAUUUAUGAGUGAAAUCUGCAUGUAAAUAGAUCAAAAACACUGUAAAUGUUUAGUGUAUAUAUUUUUAACAUUACAAUGCCCCUUUAAUACAUUCAGUAACUUCAUAGCUUAGAUUCUCAUUUCUUUUUAAAUGAAAUGUGCAUUUUACCCCCUAUUUUUUAGAGAGGGGUAAUUUGAAAACGAGGGCACAACCAGGAUUUGUCUGAAAAUUAAAAUGAAGGUUUACUUAUUGCUUUACCUACGUUAUUGCAAUUGGUAAAAACACAAACUGGGCUGCAUCUGAUAAAAUACCUGCAAUAUGACAAACUCAAUCAUUAAAUUGAAUGAAAUUUCUGAGGGGGGGGAAAAACUAACAAUAUAUUUCAAGGUUAUUUGAGCAGUUACAACUUUAGAAAUGAUUCAAGUUCACUAAUUAAAACCGUUAUUGUUCGUCAGUUUUUCCCUUUCCUCUUCCUCUUCUCCUUGCAGACCCCUUCCUACAUACAUAAACGUAAAUGACAUAUUUUGUGUCUGUCUCUUUUUAAGCUGCAGGGUGGGUUUGAGGUUCUUUCAUUGCAAUGUAAUGCCAUGAAAUAAAAUGCAUUUAUGGUUUGUUUUUUUUCUUCUCUUUUUCAGUGUCCAUAUGGCCAGGAAAAUGUUAAAGACUCAUCAAAAAGGAAGCAAUUUAAUUCCUUUUUUUAUACAUGACAGCUGACUCCAAUCUUUUAGCUAUUUUUUCAUUAAUCAUACGGAUUUUAAAAGAUAGUACUAUAAAGCAAUUGGAUUUAGUCUUCCUAAUGAUGUUGUACUUCUAGUUAAUAUUUUUAAGUAAUGAAUUCAAUGUUAAUUGUAAUAAACAUCAAAUGGGAAGCAAAUGUUCCUGGUCAUUACUGUGUGCAUACUAUGCCGCUCUGUCCUCAAAACAAUUAAGGCAGUGAAGGAUGCAUUUUGUUCUUGCUUUUGAAAUCCCCUUCUAGCAGUUUUAAUUGUGGCAUUUGUACAUUUUUAUAUUUGCUUUAAUUUUCUUUUAAGUCUAUUUUUCUAUGUGCGCGUGUGUGUGUGUGUGUGUGUGUGUGUGUGUGUGUGUGUGUGUGUGUGUGUGUGUGUAUAUAUAUAUAUAUAUAUAUAUAUAUAUAUACACACACACAAAUAUUGAUAUGAUACAUAGUGAAUAUACAGAGUUUUUAGGAACCAUACUUUUAAUGCUCUGCGCAGAUUAACUAGAAAGAAUAUGUAAAGCAGCUGGAAACAUUACAAGGAGCAGUGAGAGGUGAUGUGCUGUGCUGCUAUUGGUAAAGUUAGAAAUUCUUUGAGAUCUUGCCUUUUUCUACUCUACCUUUUUGCCUUUUUCUCUCACUCUCUGUACCCAAAACUCUGUAGUCACCUCUUACUUCCCUACUCAUGUAGCAUUUAGGCAUCACAGAAUGUUGCAAGUUUUUACAUGGUAGUGUACAACGUGUAGGUUGUACACUACCAACCCUUCCCCCGAUUUUCCUUGUUUUUUAUUUUAUUUAUUUUUUUGUCUGUUUGUUUUUUAAAUCAAUCUAAAAAUCUAAUUUAUCUCUCCCUCCACCCCAUUUAGCAAAGUCUGCUCUGAGGCUGUUUACUAUCCUAACCUGUGCCUGUAAAUUGCAAGCACGCAAUAUUUACUAUCGUGAAAAUUCAAAGUGAAUUUCAUAUUAAUUAUUAUUUUCUGAUUUAUAUAUUCCGUAACGCUGUACAACGGGUGGACUAACAGACACGUAAUUUAAGGCCAGAGUAGCUGAACUGGAACUAUAACUGCCUGUGUUAGAGAUUUUUUCCAGUUUGUUUUAAACUUUAUGUUUAAAACUCACUUUAAGUGUUCAGUUUAGUGAAUAAUCCAGCCAGUAUGCACAUCCGUGCACACUAACUUCUGCGUGUCAUAUAUGGAUAAAGCUGCUGUAGCGGACUGACACGUGAAUGGUGACCUAAGCUGGCUGAUUUGUGCCAGUCCCGUACAGCUGCUUUAUUCAUACAUGUUUACAGGCUGCACCAUCCGACUUAGACUCAGGUUACAGCAGGAGGAUACCUGGAAACACACAGGGUAACUCACAAAAAUGAGAAUUCAAAAUGUAAGGUAAAAAUAGCCGAGCUGGAAAAAUUAUCUAAGUCAGCUUUCACUUCAGCUACUCUGGCCUCAAAGUUGAAAUUCACUUUGGUAAAUAACACUGUUAGACUGUGAUCUAGAGACAGUUUACAUGUUGUGAGGAGGUACAGCAUGCUGAUUUGCAUAGAAACCAAAAUUUAAUUAUACAGUUUAAAAAUAUUUUGGUAAGAGUUUUACGGUUAAAUGUAUUAUUUAUGUAUAAUCUGUAUUAAAUAAUGAACAGUGGUAAAAAAUAAAAUGUCAGCAGGAAUGUUCAUUUAACUAAGUACGGUAAAAGGACUGGCAAGUAUAUAACUCCACUUAUGUAUGGGCACUGCCAAUUUAGCCCAAAAUUUGCAACUCCCAUGCCAACGGACCACAGUUUAGUGAAUAGGCCCCAAUACGUAUGGAAAAAUAUUUUGAAGAAUUAUAGUUGUAGAAAAAAAUACUUAAAUACAGAUAAAUGCUUUGUGAAGAGAUGUGUUAUAUAAUGAGCACGAUUUGUAGUAGAAGUAGAAUGAUUUACAAGUAUUAGGUUAUAUGGCAUGACAGAAGGAGCUGCAAGAAUAUAUAACAACUAUCAGUAAAUAAACGAAUAACCAAGAACAGAGAGAUAUAUGGUGUCUGAUUAAUAAAAUGCUAUUUUUACGAAGGGGAAAAAACUAGGAAGUCUCUCACAAUUGAUGUAGAUACAAAAAGUAUUUCUGUACAGUUUUCUUUCUGUUGACACAGAUCCCGCACUAGAUCUUUGUCAUAAGAAUAGAUUUGCAGACAGACACUGCCCCCUUUGUCACUAAACAAAUUAAACAUUUUUCCUCUUCCAGUGUAGACGGGGCACUUCUUUAGAAAAUGUGUCACAGUGCUGCAGCCUCACUUCUGGGCACUCCUGCUGAGCUGCUGUGCUUCAUUUUCAAGAAACCGUACAGAUAUAAUAAACGCAUGUAACAAAAAUACACCAAGAAUAUUUUAUAUUUAUACGUUAACUCUUAUACUGUUGGAGAAACCUAAUGUAACUAUAAAUUUACAUUGCUUGGAGACUGUUUGUUUGUGAUAGACACUUAUUGUAGUUGGUUGUGCUACAAUCCACAGAUACCAACCUUAUUAUUUAUCACGUGCCAUGGGUUGGCAAGAUGUACAAAAUGUAACAGGAGAAGUUUGACAUAAAGGGAAAUAAAAAAGAGGUGGUGAUGGUUCUGUUUAAACAAGUCUGUUGAUGUGCCUUCGUACUGAGAAGGUAUUCAAAGAUUUAAUGAGAAGGUAUAAUGGCAUGUAAAAGACGUGUAGAUUGUCAUUACUCUCAAAAUAACUUCAGUUCUCAUAACGAUAACAAAAUUGGCACCCAUGUUGUAUUCAGCUUGGAUAAUCUAAAAAAAAUGAAAAAUAUAGGGUGAGAUGUACAGGGACUGGAUACAGGUGUGCAAUUAUAUUUCUUGUGAGAUAUAACCUUAUCAAUGUAUGUUCUGAAGGUUGUGAAUUAAUUAGGAGGGCCUGGUGUAUGUCUACCAAGAGUGAUAAUUUGCUAUAGACUGAACAAAAUUGAGAAUAUGAACAUGGUGCAUAUUGUAAGGUAUAUUUAUCAUGUGGUUAAUUUCCAUUCAAUUCUGGCAACUAAACUAAUUUACUGAGAACUAUCAAUGACUCACAGACAGUGUAUCUGUCACAAGGUGUAUUUAACGGCUUGUGAAAGCAACAAAGCUUACAAGAUCAUAAAAAAACAACACAUUUUUUUUUUUUCUUUAUGGAGGAAAUAUAAUUUUGACAGAUUUUAUGACAUCUUGUUUGGGUGACAGAACCUUAGGCUGGUGGCAUGGUGAUAAUUUAAUUGUGCUGAUUUUAAAAUUUAAUUGAAAACUCUUUCUCGAUGGGUCAUGCACUCUGCAACUGCACUGUGCCUUAGAAAAAGUGAUGCAGGUUACAGGGGUUGUAAUGAAUUAUUGGAUAUGGUAAAUAAAGUUCCCAAAAAAUAUUUCAAAUUCUUUGGCCAGAUCUUUUGAACUCUUCCACCUCUUGAAUUUAGUGUACAUUGAUGGUAAAUGGUUAGUGGCUUAAUUGACAAAAAUAAACUGUCUUAAAUAAAAGCUGUUUAGUAAACUACCUAGGCGGGCAAGAUGGUAGCCAACAUUUUGUGGGUGAAAAUGUGCUUGCUUGGUGAUUGCUUUUAUAUUCGAUGCACACACUAAUAUUUAAGUGUGAGUGUUUCAAUUCAGGUUUUGUGAUUGGCCUUUAGCAUUAAACAGCCAGUAAGAGAAGUUGGUACAUAUAUGAGCCUCUCAACACCUUGGAUCGCCCCACAACUGGAUGCAGCAAGGUCAGGGUACUAGGGAUGUGUAGGUACCACUGAUUGAGGAAAUUAAUUUGGAGCAGAUAGCUAUGAUCCAGAGUCAGAAUAUAUAAGUUUUGAUGUGUAGGAUGCUAUAAAAGGGUAUGUACACUUCCAGGUUACUCCAGAUUCACUUUGGCCCAACAUUGUCAAUGUUAAUCACCCCCACCCUUCCCUGCUUCUUCCAGGAAAUCGAAGUCAGUAUUCCACACGUUUACCACUAACAAUAACAAAUUUUUUGUUCUAGUUUUAUAAUUGCAACAAAUAUAUGAUGAUCAAUUUAUUAAUAAAGUAGAGCAGAGGGUCCUUCUGCUUUCCACCCAUAGCAAUUCUAGUGCAUGAGCUAGCAGGACAGGCUAGGGAGUAUAAGAGCAAAGUGGCAUGAUGACACUCCGUUCAGAUGCUGGCAGAGGUUUGCCCUGCUUGGGGAAGUGUCCCCAAACAUGGCAUAUUGAUGAACAUCAGAGGAGGAGCAUGGGCAGGUCAGAGGCCAUUGUUACAGAAGUGUAACACCCACCUCUAAUGAGAUUGAGGUUGCCAUGGUAAGAGAUUAUAGGUUCCCUGUAAUGAAUGUGGACAUAUGUUGGUAUUUUUAGGAUGCUACAAUCACAAAAGGGCUAGGGGUCUUCUUGUUCAUAAGAUAUUUAGCAAUUUUUAUUUACCUUUUUUAUGUCCACUAAUUGACAACAAAUAAUUUUUACUAUAGUAUGUCCGUUCCAUAUGAAAUAUUGUAUGAUAAGGGACAAUGUAUGGUUUAUAAAGCUAUAUAUACCUCUGCUCUUUAUGUCAAGGCUUAAUGAAUAAAAAGAGCUAUACUUCCACAAUCGAUAUUCUAACCUUCCCCAAUUUUGGAAAGUCUAGCAAGCAAAGCAUGUCUUUUUAUAUAACUAUUUUUACACAUUUCACAAAUCGCUGUAUUGUUUGUCUCCCUCCUGUUUAUCCAUGCAAAAUAUGUUGGUGCUUUAUCAAUAAAUAAAAAUAAUUUAAAACAAUCUAACAAAUAGUUGCUCUCAUGUUGCAGUAAAGGUGGUAUAUGUCUCUCAGUGGGCCCAUUUCACUGCUUUAUUUGUCACAUAGCGAGUUUAAAGAAACAAAUUACUCUAUAAUCCUGACUUCAUAUUUUAUUGAUUACCCAGAGUUUCUACAAGAAUAAAACAAAGGGCUAUCUUGCACCCCAUAUAUUUAAAAUGUGGUGUAUUUUUAUGAAUAUAACCUCUGUUUUAAGAAUAAACAAAAUUGUGUUCUUGCGAUUUAUUUCAUAAAUACAUCUACGAUGUAAGUAGAUUGCUUGGGUAUAAACUUGUAAUGGGUUUUUUUUUUGUAUAUACCUUGAAUAUAGAUGUCUAAAAAGUAUCCCUUUUAUCCAAAAUAGGCACUUUUAUGCUGUUCUAAAUUGUGAAAAUGUAGCAAGUCACAACCGCUCCAUGCAAAUUGAUCUGGCUCUGGCGUGAGCUGUAUGGCAUUUUUAAAGGCUUAUUCCAAUCCUUAACAAAUCUAUAUAUUUUUUAUUAAAAAUGCACUAUAGGGCAUUACUUUUUUAGGUGUGCCCCCCCCCUUAAAAGUGGCAAAAAAGAUUUUUACUUACCUUAAUCCUUCUCAUCCACGCCCCAACCUGAUGUCAUCAGGUACUUCGAUCCAAUCACAGGCUUUUCAUAGAUGUAAAAUUUGCACAUAAUUGACAUUAAGUAGCCUACAACAGCCUGGACAGCCUAAGUCACAUGUACUGGGACUGCAACUUGUUCCCAUCAAACAAUUAAAAAUUACUCUGGAUGUGCAGCAUUUCAAGCAGACACACUGCACAUACAAACGCUUAUUACCAUGACAACUUCAAAUCACUGAAGCCAGGAUUUGGCAUUAAGCUAUUUAAUGACAUUCUUACAUUAAAGCGAUACUAUAGGCACCAAAACAAUAUUAGUCUCUAGGGACACUAUAGUAACCAGAACUACAGCUUAAUGUAUUCAAAGAAAAGGCAAUGCUUACAUUACUGGCUAGGGAAACAUCCAGUGGCAAUCGCUCAGACAGCCCUAGAGGUGCUUCCUGUGUAAGUGCGGCACUGACAUUCAGCAGCUCUAUGCUCUGCAAGGAGGUGCUAAACUUCCCUCAUAGAGAUGCAUUGACUCAAUGAGGAGAUGCUGAUUGGUGCAGCACGGCAGCCUCAUGAAAGCAUCGGAUUGGCUGAGAAGGUCAAUUCUGAUGAUCUCAGCCAGGGAGGCAGAGUGGGAGCAGUGCUGGAAUUAAGGUAAGUUUUAUGCUAAUUUAAGGGGGGGGGGAGGUGAGGCCAGCAGGGCUAGUGCAAGGAUGUUUGCCACCCUAGGCAAAAUAAAAAAUUGCUGCCCCCCAAUGUGACAUUGCAAUGCCCUACCCAUAUGAUCUGCCAUAUGAAUUAACACCAGUGCUGCACACAGAACGUGUUUAACCCCUUAAGGACACAUGACAUGUGUGACAUGUCAUGAUUCCCUUUUAUUCCAGAAGUUUGGUCCUUAAGGGGUUAAAUUAAAAAGCCUGCAGAGACAGAUUAUAGACACCAGAACCACUAUAUUAAGCUGCAGUGGUUCUGGUGACUACAGUGUCCCUUUAAUGUAAGGUAAAUUAGAGAUUAGUGCCACAAAUAAUAUACUAGAUUGCCUACUUACAACCAGAUGAGGAUAAUGAUGGGCUCUGGCUGCAGUCUGGCUCCACUGGUCUGGUGUAGAACAGGCUCUCUGGCGGCUGUUUGUAACUGUGCUCACAAAAGUCAAUGUUCUGGGGGAACAUGAAGCAGCUCCAUUUUUUGGGGGCCCCUUGCAUAGCUCAAGGUAUGGGCCCCUCAGGGCCUGACGGUGAGUAUGUCCAUAAGGCCCACCCAUAAGUCCACCUACAUGUUCCACCCUGGAGUUUGCUCACAGGGAGUGGAGUGUGUAGGGGAUGUGUUACGUGUUAGUGUUGAGGAUCUAAAGUGUGUGCUUAUGGAAUGUAGUGUAGGUGAUGCAGUGUUUGUGUGUGUAGUGCAUGCAGCGUGUGUUUGUGUAAGGGAUAGAAAGCAGUGUGUUUGUGUGUAAGGGAUGUUAUGUGUGUUUCUGGUUGUGUUUAAGGGAUGCAUUGUGUGAAUCUGUGUUUGUAUGUGUAAGGGAUGCAAGGUGUGUUUUGGUUUAUGUAAAGGAUGCAGUGUGUGUGUGUGUCUGUGUAUGGGGAAGCAUUGUGUGAAAGAGUUUGUGGGGUAGGAUAUGGGCUGAGUCCUACCAGCCCCUUUGUGCUUCUCUUUCCCCCCUUCCUCAGCCUCUUGUCCCUUACUGCUCUCCCUUCCUGUCCCUUAGAGCUCUCCCCUGCCCCACUGUCCCUUAGUAAUCUCCCCUGUCCCUUUGUGAUCUCCCUCCCCCCACCCCCGAUAGAGCUCUCCCCUGCCCCUUAGUAGUCUCUCCAUCCCUGUCCCUUUGUGGUCUAUUCUCUCCCACCCCCAUUAGUGAUCCCUCCCCCCCUCCCAGUGAUCUCUACUCUUCUCCCCCACCUCCCUUAGUGUACUCUCCUCUUCCCCCUUUCCAUUAGUGGUCUCUCCUCUCCCUCACCCUUAGUGAUCACUUCUCACCCCACCCUCCCCUGGUGGUCUCUCUUCUACCACCCCUUAGUGGUUUCUCCUUACCCCCAUUUAGUAGUGGUCUCUCCUCCACCCCUACCAUGGUGGUCUCCGAAACCCCCUCCCUCAGUGGUCUUCCCCCUCUCCUCACUCCACCCUCUCCUACCCUAUGUAGUGUGAUUGAGCACUUCAUGUCAGUCCGGCCAGGUACAGGAAACGGAUGCUCCUGUACCGCAGACCGGCCACGCUACAUUGAGGGACUGGCAGGAGGGAGCGCUGUGCGGUUCCCUCCUGCUGUUCCCUCAUAUCUUGCACCCCUGGGCCGGUGUGCCCUCAUGGACGCGCCGCCCUGGCCGUGCUGAAGCUGCAUGAGGCUCUCUAUAGAGUGCUCAGGCGGCUGCAGCAUGAGGGGGGCCGGCACUCCUGGCUGCGCCCCUUCCUAAGGGCCGCCCUAGGCAACUGCCUAAGUCACCUAUAGAAAGCGCAGGCCCUGGGGGCAAGGGAGAUCAGCCUUCCUAAACACCUCUUGUAAAGAGUCAGCUAAUGUUUAAACUUACUUUAUUGCACACUAUGUUUAAAUUAAAAUUUCUUAUCUCCCGCUCUGUUAGUAGCAUGCUAAACCCUGGAAGAGCAUCGUCUGUGCAAUUAAAGUUUAAAUUGCAGAGUUAAAUGUAAAGAUAGUUAACAUCUAAUUGAAAAUGAAACAUUUUUUUUAAUGCAGGCUGUCAUGGUGGGUGUGGCUAGGGUUGCAUAAACAGAAACAAAAGUGAUUUAACUCUUAAAUAUUCUAAAUGACAGAGAAUUCAGCAGUAAGACUGCAUGGACAAGAUCUAAACACUAAAACUGCUAAAUUAAGAUAAAGUUCAGUAGAUACCUAUAGUGUCCAUUUAAUAAAUAAUUGUAUAUAUAUACAUAUAGAUUGGAGAAUUUGCUAUUUGCAAUGUAGCAUACAUUUGAAGGUUAUCGAUAUAUUAUUCAACUGAAAAUUAUGUAUUGUGUAUCAUAACUAUCCAGUCUGUGUAAUAGCUGUUCACACAUAUAUUGGCAUUUGUUUUCCUUGUUUGCACUUUUAUAACCAUUUAAAUGCAAGCAGCUCGUUGCUUUAAAGAGACUGGAAAUUAAUUUGCCCAUUUAGUGCACAGUAAGCUGACUGACAGACGCAGAGUGACUGUCGUAUUCUGCAUAGCAUGCAGUAUAUUCAGAAUAAUAUGCAGCAUAUUUAAUGUCCUCGGUAAUAUAUUCAUACCACAGGACGACCAGUUUCUGCGUUUUAAAUGGAGUCGUAAAUAAAUGCUGGUCUCGUAGGUAACGCUUUUCUAAAACAGCAAAUCAGAUGCAACUUGCUGUAAUUUAGGGACCACAAACUGUGCAAGCUGUUGCUUUUUGGCAGAUAAUGUUAUUUCACACAUCUUAUUUUUGGUGUCAAUGCUAUAUUUCUUCAUUUUUAUAUUAAAUAAUGACCAAUAUUGUUUAUUUCAGAUUGCACUUACCAGGAGAUAAAAAUCAUCAACAGUUUAUAAUUUUAAGCAAAGAAUGUCACUUUUUUAAUAUGAUUAUUUAAAGAGACAGUGAAGGCUGGGUGGCAAAUUAGUUUGUUGUUAUAUUUACUUUGGAAGUGUAUUAAAGGGACAAUAUAGGCCCCUGUUAUUUAGGCCCAGCAAUGUGAAACAUUGAUGUUUAGCACAUUAAAGGGCUAAACACACCUGUAGGGGCAGUCUAGUCAGACUAGCUUUUUACAAGUUUCUUCCUAUGAAAGCUUUUCAUAUAGAGCAUUUGAUUGUAAGAAUGUGACAUGUGCUGCGCAUGUGCUUCUCGUCCCCAAUGCUUCUCUAUCAGAGGACUGGAUUGGGUUAGAAGACAAGGAAGCGACACCUGCAGGAUAACACGGUAGGAGGAGAAGCAGGUGGAAAGUAAGUCUUUGCACUGGAAAAAGAAAUACCGUAAGUUAAAAAAAAUAAAGUACUAUUUUGAGGCCUGAGUCUAAAGAGUGAGGAGACACUGUAGCAUUAGGAAUACAUCUGCGCCUUUAAAUAUUCAGUCCAGACUUGGAAUUUGUAUAUUUAAAAUACAUUAUAUAGGUGACGCUUAAAAAAACUAUUUUGAAAUAAAAAAAUAAAAACAAGUCAUUAGAUAAAAACUUAGUGAAGCUGCUUUUUUGGCACAUCCAACCAACAGCAGCAAAAAAAGAUACUACUUGAAUCAGAAAUGGCAAAACCAACUGCUGAAUUCUGAUAAUAAGAUCUAUAUUACAUAAAUGGAUAUACAAAUAUUAUAUAUAAAUUAAAUGAAUGUAAUUAAAAAGGGUGAGAUCUAUAGGACCUUCUAAAUUGGUUGACAAACUGGAUUUUCGCUAAAUAAAUUAAGUUUAGUAAAGAGGGAAAGGGUUUAACAGAUACAAAACACUAGGGCAUCCCAUUAAUAAUUCAGCUACAAAAUGACCUGAUAUUAGUAAAAUGAGAAAAAACAGGUACCUAGUGCAACAGUGACUGCUAAAUAUAUAUCAUAUAACAACUCGAGUGUAAAGCAGGAAAGGAAAUGAUAUUAUCUUGCAGUAUUACGGAAAAGGUGUCAAAAUUAAACUGUUUUGCAUUAACUGAAGAUAGAGUGAAAAGGCUAAUUGAGAUCCCUAUGGCUAAGUGAUAUGUUUUGGGAUUAUGUCAGGUGCCGGUGCCAUAAAUAGUAAAAAUAUGUUUUAAAUUGCAGAAGAUUUACUCAUGGACAGAAUGGGGAUAAGAAGACCCUUUAACUACUGGAGAGAUAAAGAAACUAACUUGAGCGGAACUACUGCAAAAGCUGAUAGCAGCCGUACUGUUUCUAUUGUCAGCUUAGAGCAGGCAUCUUCCAUCCGCCCCCCCAGAUGUUGCUAAACUACAACUCCCUUGAUUCUCUAGCCAUCUAUUGCAUUCAAGACUUCUGGGAGUUGUAGGCCUUUACAAACUGGGGGCCUGGAAUUUGAAAGCCAGCCCUGAGCUAGAACAUGUCAUGGUAAAAUUGUGCAUGAGAGCUUCAAAGGAACCAGUUUGCAUACAUGAGGAAUUAUAAAGGGAGUGCGCAGCUAAUAUGUGAUUGAAUGGGUGUCACUGAGGGGCUGGAGCUUAAAGCUACAGUACAUUUUUAAAAUUAAGUUAGAUGCAAAUGUGCUCAAAGCGAGACGGGGCUUCCUUGUACCAUAACUACCAUUUGUUAAUAUGCUUCAAAUAGCCCUUUAAGAAAAUGUCAUUCAUAAACACCAUGAAUGCCAAGGUUUGCUAGUCACUGAAGAUGCUCACUUUAAGACAUCCUUCAGAUAUUACUCUUUCAUUACAUAUAGGGAUCCAUUAAAUCUCUCCAUGCAACGCCUCCCUUUGUGCAAUACAACAGCGAGUCAGCUUUGUGUAAUAGUAUUUUCCAUGUUUAUUUCCUAACAAUCCUCUGUUGGAAUAUUUAACCCUCAGGGUUCCAGGCUUUUGAGCAGUUCCGAUUAAUGCAAUAUGUCGUUUGCAUUAAAUUGGAUCAAUGGCUAGAGUUCUACCAACAAAAAAUGUGUUAUUAUUUAGAAAGUAUUGUGUUUUCAUUUCAUUUGAAAAUAAAUAAUGGCUUAUAUAUCACGUUGAUGGUAGACGUCACAUUGACAAUUCGCUGUUAGGUUUCAAAUUUAUUUACUGAGCUUUGAAUAAAUUUCAUAUCUGCAAAAUAUUGUAAUAUAUUUCCCAAAAUUCCCCGGAAAUGCAAUCCAAAUGCUUACUAAACACAUUGUGUGGGGUUAACUCAUAGAAUUGUGAGCAAACAGGUGUCUGCUAAAAAAUGAGCAUAGAAACAGUUUGAACACCAUGUAAAGCUAUGCAUUCACAUAUAUACAUGUUUAAAUCUGAUAAUUUAUCAAAUUACACAAUCGUGGCACACUGUAGUCUGCCUAUUGCAAAAUGGUAUUGUAGUGUGAUUGCAAUGUGGAUUUAUUUUAUAUGAUUAUCAGUGAGUAAAUACCAUAUACCUUGUACAUAAGCAGCUAAUAUGACAACUGUUAAAUGUAGGCAACAGAAAUUGUUUAUAUUGACACAGUAAUCUUGCUGUGUUCAUAAAAACCAUGGUUUAGGGUUAGGAGUCUUUACGGUAGGGUUAAAUCUGUAUUCGAGGUACUGUAGACUGUGAUUCUCAGCCAAGUUCUAAGAACGUUGAAGACACCAUAACCCAUUAUAGAAUACAUUGAUGUACCCACUGUUAACGCAACACACAUAGACUGCACUUGGCACUUUAUGAAGCAUGUCAUUGUAAAUGGCGUUGGAUUGCUGUGUGGUGGCGACAUUGUAGGAUUACCCUUAAUAAUGGCGACUUUUUAAAUUUCACAUUUAUAUGUUGCUAUGUUUAACGUUAAUACUAUUGGUGAGAGCAGUAUCAUCAUAUUUCAGUUAUAGUUAGUAAUAGUAAAAUAAUAAUGGUGGAUUUUCGGGAUUUAAAAUCAUAUAAAGCAACGUUGAGGAAUAUAUUGGUCGUUUAUAAAUAAUAAGAAUUAGAAUUGUAAUAGAUAGAUAGAUAGAUAGAUAGAUACGACUGCAAGCUCGUUUGAGCAGGGUCCUCUUCAACCUAUUGUUCCUGUAAGUUUUCUUGUAAUUGUCCUAUUUGUAAUUAUAUCCCCCCUCUUAUAAUAUUGUAAAGCGCUACGGAAUCUGCUGGCUCUAUAUAAGUGGCGAUAAUAAUAAUAGAUAGGUGAUAAAUAGAUAGAUUGAUAGAUAGAUCGAUAGAUAGAAAGAUAGAUAGAUAUAGAGAUAGAUAUAGAUAGAUUGAUAGAUAGAUCGAUAGAUAGACAGAUUGAUAGAUAUAGAGAUAGAUUGAUAGAUAGAUCGAUAGAUAGAAAGAUAGGUAGAUAGAUAGAUAGAUAGAUAGAUAGAUAGAUAGACAGAUAGAUAGAUAUAGAGAUAGAUUGAUAGAUAGAUCGAUAGAUCAAUAGAUAGAAAGAUAGACAGACAGACAGACAGACAGAUAGAUAGACAGAUAGAUAGAUAGAUGAUAGAUAGAUAGAUAGAUAGAUAGAUAGAUAGAUAGAUAGAUAGAUAGAUGAUAGAUCUAACACCCCUUUAUAAAGCUAUCCCCCAAGCUGGACCCCAGUAUCUGCCUCGGUGUAUUGUUAUUUAUUAUAAUGGGGAAUAAGUAGGACGUUAGGUAGGUAGACAGACAGAAAAGAGAGACUCGUGUUUGGCAUUAAUUGGACAAUUUCUAGAGGACGAAUUGUAACAGUAACUGGUUAAGCCGGGCUCUGUAAUAUUAAUAACCUUGUAGGGCAUAUUGCUAAACUGGGACUACCCACUUCACUUGAACCUUUGUUACCUAUUUGGGUUCGGCACCGAGGUGAUUGGAUAUCAAGCGAUGCUGGCAAAUAAAUGAGAGGGAGAAGGGCUAAGCAGACACAUGGGUUUGGAGAGAGUGAGACAGAUAGAGACUGAGAGGGACAGAGAGAGGGGGCGAAGCAGAGAGAAGGAGAUGACAUUAGUGGAGAACAGGGAUUUAUUAAAAAGUAGCAAUAAAUAGGUAGGGACAGAGAUUGCAGUGGGGGAGAGAGCGCCUACAAGGUGGCAGAGAGACAGUCUCUUUAGCCAAGCAUGUUGUUUGUUUUAAUUAGCUGAGGGACUGUCUGCCAGUGAGAGGGACCAGCCCCCAGAUCCUGCCUGAACCCAACAUCUUAGCAGGUCUGAGAGCUCAUCUCACUGACACUGGAGAGGCAUCAGCUGGACUGGCAGCAGCGCACAGGGUAAGUAGACUCAUUCAUUGAAACUAUCUCUUCUUACUCCUACCGCAGGUACUGCGCCACUGCCACGGCAGGCACCACCGGGAACAAUCUAUCUAUUAUUUUAUCAUUCGAGUACUUUAAUGUGCGGGUUCUGCUUCAGUGCUAUAAAUAUAUAUAAAUAUAUAUAACCCAAUCAAUGUAUUUUGGCUAUUUUGAUUCUUCAUACCCAUUUCAUCCAAACCUGCCAUUUAUUAAGGACAGCUGUUCUAAAAAUAAAAAAUGUGAUUCUUGUCAUUUAUUGUUUUUGCAUCGAAUCAUAACUAAGCGGUUCAUGUGAACUUAUAUUUUCCUCAAACACUUCAUUAAUAAGUGUUUUACAAUAAUAGCGGUUACAAUAAAUAUCUGGAACAAGCACACGAAUUGAGCGAUAUAUUCCCAAAUCCCACUCCUCGUAUUUAUUUACCUCCCCCUUACUUAACCCAGUUUACAACACCAUGUCACAAUUUGAGUGCAUUUUUUGAAUAUUUUAGAAUUUAUAUAUAUUUAUAUCAUUUAAAUUUAGUUGAACAGAAAAUCGCUUAUUGUAUAUAAUUUCGGGGUUUUCUUCGGUACAUGUGAUAUGAUUUACAAUAUUUGGUUUGUUCAUUGUAUUUCUGCCUCUUACAUGAAUUCUUAUUAAUUAAUAUACACACGCCUAACUAUAUAAAUGUAUUCAUUUCUAUCUGCUAUUUUCUGUAUAUCAUAGUUCAAUGUGUCACAUUGUCUGCAUUAUAUAACAGUUAUAAAACCGAUGAUCAAUCUUUUGCGCCGUUUGUAUAAUUUGUUGUCCACAAGGUUGUACUUUUUAUUUAUAUAAAUAUUACAAUUAUAAUUUGUAUUAGUUAUAAACUGCCAAUAUAUUCCUCAAUGCUGCUUGAUUUUAAAUUCAGAGAAACCACCAUUAAUAUUUUACUAUUAUUUUUAUCAAUCACUAGAGACAUGUAGAUGUCUAACUAUGCAUUGUGUGUAUCUAAUCUAAUUGUCUAUCUAUCUAUCUAUCUAUCUAUCUAUCUAUCUAUCUAUCUAUGUAUGUAUGUAUGUAUGUAUCUAUCUAUCUAUCUAUCUAUCUAUCUAUCUAUCUAUGUAUGUAUGUAUGUAUCUAUCUAUCUAUCUAUCUAUCUAUCUAUCUAUCUAUCUAUCUAUCUAUCUAUCUAUCUAUCUAUCUAUCUAUCUCUAUCCAUCUUCUAUAUUCCUUUCUCCCCACUAUCUAUCUAUAUCUCUAUCUUAUCACAUGCAUUUACUCUGUAUCUUUGUCUUGGUAACACAGACAGACAGAUACAUACAUGUUUGACCCAGGGUGAGUUGUCUAUCUGUGAGUUUGUCCUAAGCUGUUCUCCUGAUACCCCUCCAGUCAGUCUGCCCUGGGGAGUAGGGGGGCGGGGGGGGAGGGAGGGGGCUGAUAUAUACUCCUCUGUAAUGCCCAGCAAGGGACCCAUCUCUGCUCUGCUAGAAACACUUGGUAGCACCCUGGGAUCACCAUCCUGUCUGCUCAUUCCAACCCCACCACAUCCAAGAUCAGUGCCCCCAGUCCCAUUACUCUCUAUAUCCCUAAAUACCCAGCCUUCACGCUACAAUGGGCUUUAGUCUCUCGCCUCUGGCCACCGCUAACAAGGUAUUUAUGGUCCUGGUGAUAGGAAUUGGACAGUGGGACAGACAGGGCCAGUUCAGUGGGGGGACUUUUUUCAUACGCUGACAAAUAAGACCCAAAAUGUAAUUAUUAUAAUGAACUAGAUGGUUCGGGAUAAAGGCUGAACACGCUGUUACUGAGGCACUAAUUGUAUGUCUGUUUGAUGUAUUCUUAUAUUGUGUUAUAUUGUUAUUCGGGAAUAAAUAUUAUAAUUCAAUCUGGAAUUCCUACCUAGAGGUAUGGUGAGAUGUUACUUAAUAUCUCUUAUUUCUAAUAUAUAUAUACACACACAUUUUAUUCUCUGUGUUAAUGAUCAUACACUACCAAACCAAAUUCGAAAUCAUUUUCCAACAGUCGUUGGUUUAUUAAAUAAUGUAGCAUUUAUUACCCUCUCUCACUGACAUAAACCAUGUUUAAUUUACAGGAUCUCGCAUUGACUAUGAUAGAGAUAGAUGGAUAGAUAGAUAGAUAGGUACUUAGAAAAUAGCAGAAUGGAUAUAAAUUGUUAUAUUAAGUGCUAGGUUUGUGGUGUAUACGUUUUAUAGUUCUAGUGUAUAAAAUGAUUUAUGAUAAAUUAGAUAGAUUUGUCUAAAACAAAUGGUAUUUUGGUGAUAAAGGCAGUGUUUUUUUGUUUCAUUCUAACGAAUUAAAAAGAAGGUCUGAAAAGUCAUAGGAAGGUCUAGACUAAAUAAUGACACCUGCAGAUUGUCAGUGAUGGGAGAAUAGAAUUAUCUGGGAUUAGAUGUCUGGGCAGGGCAACAUUGGGUUUUAUAUUAUAAAUGUAUCAUUUUCAAUAGUACGGAUUGAAGGGAAAGACUUACAUUUUAUUUAAUUACUGAUAUUUAUUUUACUAUGAUACAUAGAUGGGAUUGGAAAGAUAAAAUAUAACUGCUUUCUGUACUGUGGGCAUAUAUUGUGUAUAAGAACAGAUCAGACAUAAUAACUAGACUAGAUUUAACAGAUAAAUCUAUCUAUACGUUUUGUGCAAUAACAUAGAUUGUGUUAAAAUAUUAUUAUGACGCCUUUCCCUGUCUGAUAUAAACAAACAUUACAACUAUCCGCAUAUCUAUCUAUCUAUCUAUCUAUCUAUCUAUCUAUCUAUCUAUCUAUCUAUCUAUCUAUCUGACUAUCUGUCUGUCUGUCUAUCUAUCUAUCUAUAUGUCUGUCUGUCUGUCUGUCUGUCUGUUACAAUAAAUUUGUAUCAGAGCUGCUGUACACAUUAGAGCAUUUUAAUACAAAGCAGUAUUAUGGGGAUUUAAAACUGUGACACACAUUUAAUACAAAUCCCUAAUAUUUAGCUAUCGUGCUAUUUUUUCUAUACUUUUAUUUCAUUUAUUUUUUGUAUUUGUGUGUAAAGAUAAGCACGGCCUAUAAUGCAAGAGCUCUAUUCACUAAACAGCGAAAACCAAGGUACGGAUUUAGAAAUUCUUCAUGUUGACUUGACUUCACUAACUUCUAGUAUUGAUAAACUUUUAUUCAAAUGUUGAUCAAAUGGUUUAAAACUCACCACAACUCGCAAUAGCUCCGUGAAUAUACCCAGUAUAGACAGACAGACAGAAUACAAUGUAAUGCUGGUGUUUACUGUGAAAAUUCAGUAUAUUAAUUAUUCUAUAUUCAUAGAUUGCAUUAUUCCAUCGUUCCAUUAGAGGGUAUUAGGAUUAUAGGAUAUAUGUAAAUGUUAUGAGAUCCAUUUUCAUCUGUCUGUCUGUCUAUCAUGUCUGUCUGUCUGUCUAUCAUCUGUCUGUCUGACAAUUUAUCUCAUAUCUAUCUAUCUAUCUAUCUAUCGAUCGAUCGAUCUAUCUAUCUAUCUGUCUGUCUGACAAUCUAUCUCAUACAUAUCUAUCUGGCUGUCUGUCUGUCUGUUUAUCUAUCUCUUCCUGUCUGAGUCUGUUUCCUCCUUUUUUUUCCUCUCUCCUCACUAUUUUAUGUCUAUCAUUUAUUUAACCCAUUUUAAAUUAACCCCAUAUCUCUCUCUCUCUCUUAUAAACUGACACAGGUGAGAAUGAUCACAGAACGUGUGUUUCCACAUUAAUAACAACUUAUUAAACCUGACAUAUUGUUUAGCAUCCCUGAAAGGUACAAUAAACACUGACAGCCACAAUCCAGCCAUAUCUUCAUACAAACUGCAUUCAGGGGUUCAUGAAGAGAGUGCUUUCACAGCAGCCAGAGAUCACAGUCUGUACCAGAGAUGCUCAUGAGAAUGAAUGCAUUUCUCGCUUCAAAUCCCUCAGGAUUCAAAAUAAAUCUUUAAAAACUUCUUUUACACAGAAUCACUGUACUUGUUGUAUCUCUGUAUUGUUGCAGAGUUAUAUUGCUACUGUAACACAACACACAGAGUUAUAUUGCUACUGUAACACAACACACAGGAUCCCUGUAUCUCUCUGUUAGUGUUAUAUUGCUACUGUAACACAACACACAGAGUUAUAUUGCUACUGUAACACAACACAACACAACACACAGAGUUAUAUUGCUACUGUAACACAACACACAGGAUCCCUGUAUCUCUGUAUUACAGUGUUAUAUUGCUACUGUAACACAGCACACAGGAUCACUGUAUCUCUGUAUUACAGUGUUAUAUUGCUACUGUAACACAACACACAGAGUUAUAUUGCUACUGUAACACAACACACAGGAUCCCUGUAUCUCUGUAUUACAGUGUUAUAUUGCUACUGUAACACAACACACAGGAUCACUGUAUCUCUGUAUUACAGUGUUAUAUUGCUACUGUAACACAACACACAGGAUCCCUGUAUCUCUGUAUACAGUGUUAUAUUGUUACUGUAACACAACACACAGGAUCACUGUAUCUCUGUAGUUAUAUUGCUAAUGUAACACAACACACAGGAUCCCUGUAUCUCUGUAUUACAGUGUUAUAUUGUUACUGUAAUACAACACACAUGAUCCCUGUAUCUCUGUAUACAGUGUUAUAUUGUUACUGUAACACAACACACAGGAUCCCUGUAUCUCUGUAUUACAGUGUUAUAUUGCUACUGUAACACAACACACAUGAUCCCAGUAUCUCUGUAUUACAAAUAUUGCUACUGUAACACAACACACAAAGUUAUAUUGCUACUGUAACACAACACACAGGAUCCCUGUAUCUCUGUAUUACAGUGUUAUAUUGUUACUGUAACACAACACACAGGAUCACUGUAUCUCUGUAUUACAGUGUUAUAUUGCUACUGUAACACAACACACAGGAUCACUGUAUCUCUGUAUUACAGUGUUAUAUUGCUACUGUAACACAACACACAGGAUCACUGUAUCUCUGUAUACAGUGUUAUAUUGUUACUGUAACACAACACACAGGAUCACUGUAUCUCUGUAUACAGUGUUAUAUUGUUACUGUAACACAACACACAGGAUCCCUGUAUCUCUGUAUUACAGUGUUAUAUUGUUACUGUAACACAACACACAGGAUCACUGUAUCUCUGUAUUACAGUGUUAUAUUGCUACUGUAACACAACACACAGGAUCACUGUAUCUCUGUAUUACAGUGUUAUAUUGCUACUGUAACACAACACACAGGAUCCCUGUAUCUCUGUAUUACAGAGUUAUAUUGCUACUGUAACACAACACACAGGAUCCCUGUAUCUCUGUAUACAGUGUUAUAUUGUUACUGUAACACAACACACAGGAUCCCUGUAUCUCUGUAUUACAGUGUUAUAUUGCUACUGUAACACAACACACAGGAUCCCUGUAUCUCUGUAUUACAGUGUUAUAUUGUUACUGUAACACAACACACAGGAUCACUGUAUCUCUGUAUACAGUGUUAUAUUGUUACUGUAACACAACACACAGGAUCACUGUAUCUCUGUAUUACAGUGUUAUAUUGUUACUGUAACACAACACACAGGAUCCCUGUAUCUCUGUAUUACAGUGUUAUAUUGUUACUGUAACACAACACACAGGAUCCCUGUAUCUCUGUAUUACAGAGUUAUAUUGCUACUGUAACACAACACACAGGAUCCCUGUAUCUCUGUAUUACAGUGUUAUAUUGCUACUGUAACACAACACACAGGAUCACUGUAUCUCUGUAUUACAGAGUUAUAUUGCUACUGUAACACAACACACAGGAUCCCUGUAUCUCUGUAUUACAGUGUUAUAUUGCUACUGUAACACAACACACGGGAUCCCUGUAUCUCUGUAUUACAGUGUUAUAUUGUUACUGUAACAAAACACACGGGAUCCCUGUAUCUCUGUAUUACAGAGUUAUAUUGUUACUUUAACACAACACACAGGAUCACUGUAUCUCUGUAUUACAAAGUUAUAUUGCUACUGUAACACAACACACAGGAUCCCCGUAUCUCUGUAUUACAGUGUUAUAUUGUUACUGUAACAAAACACACGGGAUCCCUGUAUCUCUGUAUUACAGAGUUAUAUUGUUACUUUAACACAACACACAGGAUCACUGUAUCUCUGUAUUACAAAGUUAUAUUGUUACUGUAACACAAUACACAGGAUCCCUGUAUCUCUGUAUUACAGUGAUAUAUUGUUACUGUAACACAACACACAGGAUCCCUGUAUCUCUGUAUUACAGUGUUAUAUUGUUACUGUAACACAACACACAGGAUCACUGUAUCUCUGUAUUACAGUGUUAUAUUGUUAUUGUAACACAACACACAGGAUCCCUGUAUCUCUGUAUACAGUGUUAUAUUGUUAUUGUCACACAAUACACAGGGUCAUUGUAUGUGCGGCAUCCCUUAGUAAUUGUGUAUUACAUAUAUUACAUGUAACUUUUCCAUAUAUUAACCAUUAAAGGAGUAUACACCCCAUGGACAAAGUAAAGUAAGGUGAUACCCACCCCUUUCUCUCUCUCUUUCUCUCUCUCUUUCCCCACGGUAUCUCCCUGUUUCCAUUUUCUCAUUUCCUCCCUCUCUUGUUCUCUCUCUAUUAUCCAUCUUUUAAUCUCUCUCUUGAUCUUCCUUCUCUCCCUACUUUUUCCUUUAUUUCUACCUCUCUAUCCUUUCUCUCUGUCCCGAUUUCUCUCCCUUUUCUCUCUCCUCUCCCUCCCUUUAUUCCUUCCUCCUUUCCUCUAAGCAUUCCGAAUGUCUGUGGACUUCCCUUAUCACCCAGCCAAGUGCAGACACCAUACUGUUCGGAUCAUGAUGUGUACUUGGCUCCAGUGAUUGUCCUCACAGCUCCUCAUCCACAGUAAUGCACCCAGGCUCUGAGUCCUGGCAGCCGGCUGAAUGGACAGAGCUAAUCCCAGCCCUGCACUGCCUCACUGCCUGUCAGUCAUUGCAGGUUAGAUUGGAAGCUGAGAGAGUGGACCAGGUGAUGGUCAGGGGGAGCAAUGACCUGUGCUAUCCUUAGCAUUGCAUCAUAGGAGCCUAUAUAUCAUGUAUAGCAGCCAAGGGGGGCACAUCAGCAGUGUGCUGGGGAUUGGAGAGUCCCAUAGCAUUCAACAGCUGGACUAAGCCUGCAUAACAGAGAUAGGGGGAGUGGGAGAUAAAACUGAAAAGAAAAAUCCUAAAUAUACUACAAAAAUAUUAUAUCACCUUUACUAAAAAUCCUUUUUACUUUUACAGCAGCGCUACGGAUUAUGUUGGCACUAUAUAAAUAAUAAAAUGAUUUUUAUGUUGGAAUGCGUACCAUGUAUAUACAUAGAUUUUGACAAGCAUCAUUUUAACAGGAGAACUGUUAUAUUAUGAAACGACCUUGGUUUAUGUAACAGAACGUACUGAACUGUAACCUAAUGUAAUGCAGUGUGAAAUGUUGUUAUGGUAUUAAAUUAUUGUGCUGUAAUGAGAGUGAACAGCUUCACCUGUAAAUAUAAUGACAUAUAGAGUAUUAGAUAGAUAGAUAGAUAGAUAGAUAGAUAGAUAGAUGUUCAGUAUAGAUAGAUAGAUAGAUAGAUGUUCAGGAUAGAUAGAUAGAUAGACAGAUAGAUAGAUAGAUAGAUAGAUAGAUAGAUAGAUAGAUGUUCAAGAUAGAGAGAUAGAUAGAUAGGUAGAUAGAUAGAUGAAUAGAUAGAUAGAUAGGUAGAUAGAUAGAUAGAUGGAUAGAUAGAUAGAUAGAUAGAUAGAUGGAUAGAUAGAUAGAUAGGUAGAUAGAUAGAUGGAUAGAUAGAUAGAUAGGUAGAUAGAUAGAUGCAUAGAUAGAUAGAUAGAUAGAUAGGUAGAUAGAUAGAUAGAUAGAUAGAUAGAUAGAUAGAUAGAUAGAUGGAUAGAUGGAUAGAUGGAUAGAUAGAUAGAUAGAUAGAUAGAUAGGUGGAUAGAUAGAUAGAUAGAUAGAUAGAUAGAUGGAUAGAUAGGUAGGUAGAAAGAUGGAUAGAUAGAUAGAUGGAUGGAUAGAUAGAUAGAUAGAUAGAUAGAUAGAUAGAUAGAUAGAUGAUGGAUGGAUGGAUGGAUGGCAGGCAGACGAACAGAUAAUGAUCGACAGAAUGAAUAAAAAUAUUAGAAUUAAUCAAAUAAGUGCCUAUAAAUUCAACCCUAGAUUAAAAAAAGGCAUUUUAAGUUUGAAAUCCAGCCCAAUAAAUCAAAUGGUGAUUCGAAUUGCAAGAUGAAUAAACAGACACGACAGUUUAAUGAUAAAUCAUAAAAUACCUUUAUAAGACAGCUGAUUAUUUACAUAUAUUAAAUGCAUUUUAUAGUACCUGGUAAAUGUAUAUUAAUAUCAAUAUCUGUAUUUAUAACCAUUACAAUACCGCUAGUCCUGGAAUAAUAUAAAUGGCAAAGCCAAAGCACUAUUCUGGAGUAAGCCUUCUAAUGAUGGAAUCCAGAAUGUCCCCCAACUCCCCAAGCAUGGAAGUUCUAUGAGCUGUGUGUGAGACUGCAUGCAGAGACUGAAGGGGGCUAGAAUCCUGUCUCUCUCCCUGUGACUGUUUUAAUGCAGGUUUCUGGGUAUAAUAUCCUUCACACUCCUUAACUUCUUCUCCUCACCUGCUAAUCUCAGCUCACAACUCACUCUCUUUCUUCAGGCUGAAGUAAAUAGCUGAAUGGGAAGGGGGAUAGGUGACCCCCACCCCCACCUGUCACAACUCGUUCUUCACUGGGGUCUUCAGUAAUGCAUGACAGCCUUUUGUUUUGCCUAAAAAAAUCCCAGCCCCUCCCACCCAAUGAUCAGAAAAUGGGUUGGUUUGUGCUCUUCACAAAUUGUUCUGCUCCCCAUGCAGAUCUGCUGUCCAAGCUUUGGGAGAACAAGGGGUGAUGAUUAUUACUUAAAAGAAUUCUUCUGCUUCUGUUGCCCUGCAUUGUUACAUCCAGAGAGCACAUUCUGCAAGUUGUCCCAUGUCCCAUCUGCUCUGAUACUUUGUAACUGAUGGUCUCCUGUUGGUGUAUCUUCAGGUAGACCGAGGCUGAGUGUCUGGAGGUCAAUCACACAUCAACACAUUUGUUGUUUCCUGGAGCUUGGAUGCUGGAAGAACUUUGGGGCUCUGUAUAUGGAAAUUGUGGGGUGUCGUUCAGAAGAAAGUGCCUACCCUUUCAGACCAGCAGCAAUGCUCUUCCAUGGGAUCACUGGGGGGCACAUUCAAGGCAUCAUGGAAGAAAUGGAGAGAAGGUCCAAAUCAGCAGAUAGCCGCCUGGGCAAAGCUAUUCAGGUCAAUGGCAGAGAGACAGUAAGUUCUGCUUAAACUUUAAGUGUAUGAUUUAUAUUCAGUGUGUCAUUGAACUGUUUGCAUCUAAAAUACAUGCAUUCUGAUAGGGAGAGGGUGGGAUGAGGGUCCCUUAACGUGGAAAAAAAAGGAUCAAAACUGUUAUUAUUUAAGAAAAACUGUUAUUAUUUAAGAAAAACUGUUGUUAUUUACUAUAUGUGAGUUUGAAAGAAAUAAGGCUAGAAACUGUUAAAGACAAUUUACAAACCCCCUUUAAGUACAAAUUAAACACGUCUAUUGUAAUGCUGGAUUAAGAUCCUAUUCUGCUCCUCUUUGCAAUGAAUGAAUAUCUCAAAAUGUUAGCAGGCAACUGAACUGUUGGUCUUUAAGCAAUAUAAAGCGACAUUACUGUGUCAAAAUAAAUAAGAAUCCUAUUAUCCCUAUAGCAAUAGUCUUCACAUCGACCAAUUAUCAUUUUGAAUAUCGUGAAAAAAACCAACUUUCCUCAAUUAUUAUUAAAAAAAAUAAAAUAAGAACAAUAUUUAAAGGCAUUUUAAAAUUCACGUUUUCAAAGUGUAUUAAUAGAAAAAUAACUUUUAACUAAACAUAUUUAUAUUGAAUGAAUUAUAGCGUAAAUGUAAAACAGUUAUUAAAUAACUGAUGAGCUGUAUUUAUUUCUAAAUACUAAAUGUUUAUUUUGAAUGAGUUUAAAGUCAAUACACAUAUAACUAAGCCCCUAAAUAAUAUAAAGUCCUGUGAUUCAUAUAUAAACAAAUAGACUGAUAGACAGACUACACAGAUAAAAAUUGUAUUUUGAUGACUGUAUAAUUAGAUACAUAAAAAUAGCUAAUUAACAUUUUCAAAUAAAAAAAAUAGGUAUUGCUUAAAAUAACGGUUUGCCAAUUAGUUAAUAUUAUUGCAGCUAAAUAUUAACAUCAAACAAGUUAAGCAAGGCAUGGAAAAAAAACCACUUCUGUCAUUUGAAUUAUUGUUGAAAAGCAAAUAAUAUAAUAUUUUUUUAAAUUAAUAUAUAUUGCAAUAUAAACACAUUGACAGUUGUAUAUAGCCAUCAUCCAUUUGAUUGUACUGACUGCAUUAUUGUGUAUUAAUGAUGCUAUUUUUCUAAUAAAUACAUUUAGGUUAUUUUAUUGAAAUCAUUUCUCCACUGCUUAAAACUAAUUUUUAAUGCUUUUCAAUAAAUUCAUUACUAGGUUGAACAUGAUAAAUAUACAAAUAUGCAAACGAUAACAUAUUCAUUAAAAGCAAAUCACAGACGUUUGUUGUGAAUUCAGUAACUCUCUAUAUGACCUUUCUCAUAUUUAUAUUAUACUUUAGGUUUUACUCUUUACUAAAGCACAUUAUUACUUAUUAAGAUAUGUUUUCUAUAAAUUGAAAUACGAUUGUAUCAUUUUUAUACAAUAUGUAAUUUGUCAGUUUAGAAUUAGCAUCACUGAGACACAUGCACUGAUAAUUUAAUAUCUAUCAACGUUUUAUUAUAUUUCAUUUAGAUUUGAUGUGUUGAUAAAAGCUAGGGCUAGGCUAUAUUAGGCUAUAUAAUAAAAACCACCAUAUACACUAGGAUUUUGUUAACAGAUACCUUAAAUAUAAAUACAAAAUGUAUUUUACACAUUAGCAAAUAGCCCACGUUUCCACCUUUUUUCUACAUAUAUUAUUUUAUAUACAUUCUACAAAAAACAGCAAGAAUAAGUAAGGCGAUGCUAAUUGGGGUGAGUAUAGAACACAGAUUAGACAGAGAUCAAGCCUCAUUAACGGAUAAGGGGUAUUUUUCCCUACUUUAAUAAGGUCUCUGGGGAGAUAUACAGACAGAUACUAAUGUGUUAAUACCGCUGAAUAUUUAGAAUCUCUGCUGGACUUAAGCCGUGUCUGAUGCAAGCAAAAAAAAAUAAAUAAAAAAUAAAAUAAAAUAAAUAAAUAAGUGUAAAAUAAAAUAAGGUAAAUUACAUUAAACAUUAUAUUAAAAUACAUUAUGUAUGAAUUAAGUUAAAUUACAUUACAAUGUCCUUUAUAUUUUAAAAUAUAUAUUUCUAUUAUUUAGAUUAUAAAACAUUAGAUCUAUAAUUUAAAUAUAAAUAUAUGUAUAUAUAUACAUAUUUGCAGGGUGUUAAAAUAAGUAGCACUGAGGAUAAUAGGGACGAAUCUAUCAAUUCCAGCAUUAAAUAUUUAAAGCAAGAUUUAUUUAAAGAACCUUUAUAUUGCAAUAGGGUCUGCAAUGCAAAGUAAAGAGGAGAGCCCCUUAUUAAAUAGGCUGUGUACAGGUUUAUUAUAUUUUGGAAUUUAUAUUUUACAAGCCAUAGACUUUUUUUAAAAGAGAAGUGUCUAUGGUGUACAAUAAAUAAGUUAUAUAAAAUAUUAAUAUAAAAAAAUAAAAUAAAAAUGGAUUAUAUUUACAUUAAGUAAAUUCAAAGCAGGUUUAACUGGGACAAUAAAUUUCAAGCAUAAAUAGGUUUUCUUUUUAAAAUGAAUUAUUAACUGUAUAUAUAGAUCAGUUUAAUAACAACGCUAAUAAAAAUUAAGAUAUAAUAAUAUAAUAAUAUAUAUUAAUAUUAUUAUUAUUAUUACACUGAUGCUUGUUAUUUUGUUGGUGAUUGUUUAAUUCAAUUUGUCGUGACUACUUUGCUAGUGUUAUAAUUUGAUUAUGCUAAUUUGGAAAUGUUCAAAUUUUAGUUAUAAUUAUAAGUCCUGCAAAAUAUCUUAUUAUCAUUGAUAUGUACAUUUUUUUCUUUUUUCACUCACAUAUCAUUUGACCCUUUAGAUUUGAAAUGGUCAAAAAAAGGCCUUCAGUAUUUGUGUCAUUCUGUACCUGUAAUCACAGAGCCCAUGGUAAUGUGGGAUAUAUUGAUACUAUUUAAAUGUAACUUAAUAACAAAUUAGCCAUUGAUGCCAUUUAUUGCCAUAGUUAUCUGUUGAAGUAGAAUGCUGCCUGUCCUGUAGUGUGUCUGCGUAUUAGAUCAUAUACAUCUUGUUCAACAUCAUAUAAUCCUAUAUUAUAUCUCUGAUUACUAUGGUAGCCACCACUCCAUGGAUUCUAGUUAUUAACCCCUUACUUUGAAUUGUUCUUUGUAGAAAUUAUUGUACAUUCAUAUAAGUAUGGCAAUGUCCAACUAUGCAUAUAUAUUUAUUUACAAAUACAUAUAGAAAACCAAGCAAGAGUAGUAUACUUUUUGAAGCAUAGCCUUAUAUUAAAAUUGAUUUUGAACAUUUUAGUUUAUUGGCCUAUUAGCUCUGUGAUACCUAUUGUAUUGUAGUUUAGAUUUUCCAAAGUCCACUUAGAUUAUGAGUAGAGAAACGGUCCACGUAUGUGACUCAGUGUUUAGUACAAUAUAUGCAUAUUUAUUUAUAUAGGACCAACAGGUGCCCUCAGUGAUGCCGACUUGGUAUUAUCAUAUAGUGUAGGUAAGUACUCUUAAGAUUUAGAGACAUUGUAAUAGGAGGUCUAAUAGAUAUACAGACAGUAGAGUAUCUAUAGAAAUUACAAUCUAAAACAUUGUGUACGAUGAAUUUAGGAUCCCAAUACAGCCACUACCAUCUAACAAGUCUUGAUGGCACUCUUAACUCCCCUUAAAAGCCAUGUUGGUGGAUAUAACUACAUCCUGAGUAUGUUACAGUAAAUCUCGUUAUAUGUUUUGGUGUACACAACAACUUAGUAAAUGUUCCGUGAGCACAGUAACUAUAUCCAGAAAGUCACACCAGGGAGUAUACUACAUGAUGAAAUUAAUAUUGGUUCUGCAAUUCUACCUCAAUCUUAUGUUGAUGCAAUAACUACCUUUGAAUAGUAUAGAAAGCUUUUAUGUCCUAAAUGUCACAUAUAUACAGUAUUUCCUGAAUGGUUUUAUACUACUACCUUUUUUUAUACUUUACUUCCUAAAUUCUAUGUUGGUACUCUACUUACUUAUUUAAUGUCAUGUUGGUACCCUACCUACUUCCUAAAUAUUAGGUCAGUACACUAUCUACUUCCUUAAUGUUAUGUUGGUACACUACCUACUUAUUUGAUGUUAUAUUGGUACACUACCUACUUCCUUAAUGUUAUGCUGGUGCCCUACCCACUUCCUAAAUAAUAGGUCAGUACACUACCUACUUCCUUAAUGUUAUGUUGGUACACUAUCUACUUAUUUGAUGUUAUAUUGGUACAUUACCUACUUCCUUAAUGUUAUAUUGGUACAUUAUCUAGUUCCUGAAUGUUAUGUUGGUACACUACCUACCUCUUUGAUGUUAUAUUGGUACACUACCUAGUUCCUAAAUUGUUAUGUUGGUACACUAUCUACUUCCUUAAUGUUUAAUUGGUACACUACAUACUUCCUUAAUGUUAUGUUGGUACCCUACCUACUUCCUAAAUAUUAGGUCAGUACAUUACCUACUUCUUUAAUGUUAUAUUGGUACACUACCUACUUCCUUAAUUGGUACAUUAUCUACUUCCUUAAUGUUAUAUUGGUACAUUUAGUUCCUGAACAUUAUGUUGGUACACUACCUACUUUAUUAAUGUUAUGUUGGUACACUAUCUACUUCCUUAAUGUUAUAUUGGUACACUACCUGCUUCCUUAAUGUUAUGUUGGUACAUUACCUACUUCUUUGAUGUUGUAUUGGUACACUACCUAGUUCCUGGAUGUUAUGUUGGUACUCUACCUACUUCCUAAAUAUUAGGUCAGUACACUACCUACUUCAUUAAUGUUAUGUUGGUACACUGUCUACUUCCUUAAUAUUAAUUUGGUACACUACCUACUCCUGGAUGUUAUGUUGGUACAAUACCUACUUCCUGGAUCCUGGGCUGACCCACUGCUUCCUUAAUCUUAUAUCUGUACAAUAUGUACUUCAUACAUAUUUAGUUUUACAUUGCUCCAUCUUGAGAGGUACGCUAGUCCAGUAACUACAUCCUAAAUAUUAUGCGCUACAUCACCUACAUCCUAAAUCUUAUGACCAUUUAUUACCUACUUCCAUUGCAGCAAUGUUUUAUUGGUACCAUGUUAGCCAGUUAACUACAUCAGAAUAAAAUAACAGAAAAAGGUAUAAAUUAUACCUUUAUCGACUAACAAAAGAGGGAUAUUUUGUAAGCCUUCUGAAUACUAAUGUACCUUUAUCAGACAUCCUGAAAGCUUGCAAAGUAUACGUUCUUUGGCCAAUAAAGAUAUCAAUAAAACAUUUUUUUAUUUAUUCUCAGCCAUCUACUUCCUAAAUAUCCCAUUUGUAUAGUACCCAGUUCCUCAAUGUGAUGUCAGUAUAGUAACUGUUUCCUAAAUAAUGGUGAGGUAACUACCUCUCAGUGAACGUUAUGUAUUUAUGGGACAUACUGUACUUCCUGAAGGUUAUGUCUGUGUAUUAGCCUUUGUACUUUUCAGUGUUCUGUCUGUAAAGUAUCUACUGUACUUCCUGUGCGCGAUGUCUGUAAAGUACCUACUGCAAUUCCUGAAUGUGAUGUCUGUAAAGUACCUACUGUGCUUCCUGAAGUUAUGUCUUUGCAGUACUGACUGUACUUCCUGAAAGUUAUGUCUAUACAGUAUCUACUGUACAUCCAGAAUGUUUUGUCUGUUUAAAACCUACCAUACUUCCUGGAUGUUAUAUCUGGACAUAAACUGCACGACUUCCUGUACAAUAUGGUGCUUCCUAAUAUUUUAUCGACUGUACUUCCCGAAUGCUAUGUUGGUGCAGUAACUAUUUGUGAGCGGUAAUAAAACACUAAGUUACGACCACCUGAGUGUUUUAUGUUUUGUCUGUACAGUACCUGGUAUUUAGGCUUCCUGAAUUUUGUCUGUACAGUACCUAUUUCACUCACCAUACUUCCUGAAUGCCACGUACAUGCAUUUCACUUCCUGAAUGCUAUUUGUGCCAUACCUGUUACACUUCCUAAAUGCUAGGUCUGACUGUGCAGUACCUAUUGUAGUUCCUGAAUUCUGUAUCUUUGCAGUAUGUAUUGUACUUCCUGAAUGCUAUGUGUGUGAAAUACCCAUUGUACAUUCUGAAUGAUAUGUCUCUGAAGCAUCUAUUGUACUUCUUGAAUGUUAUGGCCGUCAGUCUACAUAAUGUUUUUCAACUGUACCAAUUACUUUCUUGUGUUCGUACAAUAAGUUAUUUUCCCCCUUUGGUAAUGCCAGUGUAGUAAUCUCCUGUACACGUGUCUAAAUUCAUUUACUGCUAGUUCUCCUAUUCUAUGUGCAUUAUAAUAGCUUAAUAUGUGGAUAUUUACAUUAAAAUAUGUAUUGUUUUUACAGUAAUAGUCCUUUCACUUCUAUAUGGCAAUAUUACCGAAAUUAUAUUGUUUGCCUUGUAUCAGUUCAGUGUGGUAUUAUCUUUGAUAUGAGGAUAGUAGCUCACAGCAAUGCAAUAAUACCAGUGUGUGAGAUAUUUCUUUUGGGUACGUUAAGAGAUGCAUAACUGCUCCCUGCCUUUAACAUCAAUAUCAAUGUUAAAUAUCAGUAUAUUAACUCCACUCUAAAUCAGUAAAUGAAUUGACCUGAAUAUUAAUAUGCAAGAACUUGUCCUACCUUUAGGCCGGGCCUUAGGCUAAUUAGGGCAAUGAAAAAAACAAAUCUUUCCCAACUAAAAAAAUAAUCUAAAUACCAUCAGCGUUCUCUAGAAUGAAAUACUAGUUCCAACAGAACAUUAUCGAAUAAUUUUUCUGCACAGCUUGUACUGUUCACAGACCAAAUCUAGCUAUAACAUGUUGGUGCUUUUGAUGCCAUUGCAAAACCUGCUAUUUCACUGAAUGAAAAUAAUUUAAAUAUGUAUAUUUUAUUUAUAAUGCAAGUUAUACAGUAACAGUCUGGAAUAGUUAACCUUGCCUUGCUUCACCUAUAGCGGUCGCUCCAUAAAUAACUGCCUUUGGUGUACAGGACCUGAUCAUGAGGCAACAAAUCCUUAAAGAGACAAUAAUACUUUGCCCUAUAUUUAGAUUUUAUACAUGAGCAUGUUUAAGAGAGUUGCGAUAUACAUGUAGCACUAUUUUCACUUUUAUUACUCCACAAGAUUUUCAUUUAUAGCUGACAAAUGGCUGUCAUUAGUUUAUGGGGUUUUUUUUGAGUAGUUUAUAGUCACUGAUCAGAAUGUCAAUUAAAGCUGGAUUCUGAUUGGUCGAAAAACCAAGAUGCUUAUUAAAUCACAAGUGUGAUUGCUAGGGGGUGAUUUAACUCCCCGAAGGUCUUUUUACUUUUCUAUUCAGGAUUCUCAACAAUUCAGCAGGAAAAUACAUAACAGAAAAAUCCCAUAUUUUUCACACAUAUUUCAAUUUGUAAAAGCCUGCUGUUUGAUAUGAGAGACAUUUAUAUCAAUUAUUUACCCUUAUGAUAUCGUGUGUGUAUUUCUCCACUAUAGUAACCGCCCUCUCCAAACACACUAAGUAAAUGUGAGCUCAUUAAUUAUCUACUGCCAGAGGCCCAGUCCCCCAUUUUUAAACCUUAGUAUAGUAAUUCACCAUGUUAAAAAGUAUCCAAAAUUAAUACAAUAACUCUUUCUUCUUAGUGCAAGCUAUAUUUACAAUAAACGGUGCUGUAUUUAAAAAAGGAAGUGAGUGGUAUUCUAUUUCUGUAUGCUUUUAAAAUGUCGUCGUUUGAUAGAGUGACAUUUUAAUAAAAGCACAUUUGUAAGAGUUUUGCGAUAUCACAGCAUCAUUAAAAUACCGCAAGUCAUCCUUGACAUUAUCUAUUCUUCUCCAUACCUUUUCUUUCCAUACUUCUACUUUUUAUGAGGUUUUAUUUUAUUUUUUAUUUUCCAUUCUUUCCUGCCACUGACACUUUGUAUGUUAAUGUUCUUUUCUGGACAUACAGUAUGAAGUUUUGGUUAGUGGUGGCUCUGCAUAUUCAUGGUUACUGUAUGGAAUAAGUGUUGUUCUGGAGAACACUGCCGGUAAAGUAAAGUUACGAUUUGGAUUUUAUGAUUGUUUUGUUCUAGGCUUGGGUAGUGAUUACUGUUAGGUGGGCUUGAAAAUUCACGGGGGACUUAAGAUAGGAAGUACUUGCCAUCAAACGACUGUGCAGCUAGCUAGCAACGUUAUAUGUUGUUAUAAUGAUGGCAACAGGCUUAACAUGUCAUCUUUUAUGUUGACAUAUAAAAAAAGUAAAACCUAUAUAACAAUACGAUGUAUAUUUCACCAUUAAAAAACAAACAAAACCUAUCCAUAUUUUGACUGCUCCCUGAUGGCCUUGUGAAAGUGAAAAUAAUCUCAGAUUUUUUGCUGUAAUUAAAGUCACAGUGACUUGGAGUGGAUGUCCAACGUAUGGUGAUUGCUAGCUUGUUACAUUCACCUUACGGUUACGGUUUCAGCAGUACCUCAUUUUCUGGCACCCUUACUUGGAAAUGCUACAAACAAAGAAGCUGGGUGGGGAUCUUGAUUUGUAUUGAAUCUUCUUUGCGUGAUAUGUUUGGCUAUCCCACAACCACCCUGCGAGGGGAGUUUAUUACAAUAAUUACACUAUGUGAAUGAUGUCAUUUUAAUUCUGUCCCUUGAUGAUGAUGUCACUUCAGUGUAGGUGGCCUUACCAUGUAUGCAGCUGGUUGGAGGCCCCAUUGAACUAAAUCCACUUCUCAGAAGAUGGAGGGAGGAAAUUACCUUUCUAAAUGUAACAAAUGAUUCUUUUAAUGUUAUACAAAAACGUGUAGCCAUGUGUGUAUGCAUUUCGUUCCUUAAUUUGUAUAUAUAUUAAAUUUUCUUUAAUUUCUUUAAAGGGACACUAUAGUCACCAAAACAACUUUAGCUUAAUAAAGCCGUUUUGGUGUAUAGAUCCUGCCCUUGCAGUCCCACUGCUAAAUUCUCUGCCAUUUAGGAGUUAAAUCACUUUGUUUAUGCAGCCUAGUCAAUAAAUUAUGUCUGAUUGAAAAUGAAACAAUUUUGUCAUGCAGGUUGUGUCAAUCAUAGCCAGGGGAGGUGUGGCUAGGGCUGCAUAUACUGAAACAAAAGUGAUUUAACUGCUAAAUGGCAGAGAAUUGAGCAGUGAGACUGCAGUGGCAUGAUGUAUACACCCAUACUGCUUCAUUAAGCUGAAGUUGUUUUGGUGACUAUAGUGUCCCUUUAACCUAACAGCCUGUCAAAAUUAGGGGUUUAUUACCUAAACAAAGAACUGUAAUGAAUUGAAAACUGAAUUGCAAAAUGUAAACUAACAAAGCCAAAUUGGAAAAUUCCCCAACUCAGCUAAAGUAAAGUUUUACCCAAUUUAGGUUAGAUAUAUAUACAUUUUGUAGCUGGGUUUAUAAUUUCCUAUAUUUGGUGUUCUUGUGUUCCUGGCUGAUGCCUGGUGUGUGAUUAUUGUUCAGAAAUUACAGUAACUUUCUCCUAUCAUAUUCCAACAGCGAAUGCCCCCUCUGAGUCCAGAGAAACCCGCCCUUUGCGCAGGAUGUGGUGGGAAGAUCUCAGACAGAUAUUACCUCCUGGCCGUGGACAAGCAGUGGCAUCUGCGCUGCCUCAAGUGCUGUGAAUGUAAACUAGCUCUGGAAUCUGAGCUAACAUGCUUUGCAAAGGAUGGCAGCAUAUACUGCAAGGAAGACUAUUACAGGUACAGCACCGUGUUUGACAUGUAUAGUACAUACCCAUACUGCAGCAAAGUUCAUGGUAUACUACAGGUACAGCACUGUGUAUCACAGUAUAUACCCAUACUGCAGUAAAGAUCAUGGUAUACCACAGGUACAGCACUGUGUAUCACAUGUACAGUAUAUACCCAUACUGCAGCAAAGUUAAUGGUAUACUAAAGGUACAGCACUGUGUAUCACAUGUACAGUAUAUACCCAUAUUGCAGCAAAGGUCAUGGUAUACUACAGGUACAGCACUGUGUAUUACAAGUACAGUAUAUACCCAUACUGCAGCAAAGGUCAUGGUAUACUACAGGUACAGCACAAUGUAUCACAUGUGCAAUAUAUACCCAUACUGCAGCAAAGGUCAUGGUAUACUACAGGUACAGCACCAUGUAUCACAUGUACAGUAUACACCCAUACUGGAGCAAAGAAUAUAAUAUUAUAGGUACCCUAUUGUGUUUUAAAUGCAUAGUAUAUUAUAAAUCUAGUUUGUGACCUUCAAAACUUUUUCAUUUGACAGUUUGAAUAAUUCAUCACCCAUGAAAAAUACUCAAAUGGGAGCAAAAAUGGGCCAAUCAGUGUACUGCAAAUAUACACAUAAUACAUAUGUCAUAGAUAUAUUCUGCAGUGCACUGUGAGGCGCAUUCUCACUCUACUUAGUUCACAGAUCAAGUGAUAAAAAGUAACAGACUAUAUAUAUAUAUAUAUAUAUAUAUAUAUAUAUAUGCGCUGGAUCGUAUAUGCUGUAUGUGUAUAUAUGUUCUUUUCUGCCUCUCCAGUUUGUCUCUAUUAGUCACUUUUUUAUCUGUGAAUAAAAUUAACAUUUAGUGACUACUCCCUAACCAUUGAUGAUAUAUUUUUUCCCCAUCAGUCAUCUCUAUUUUUUGUGCCACAGACAGAACUCUGAAUCUUGAAGAAAGUGAACAUGCGUGUCCAUCCUGCUAUGUGUAUGUUCAUUUAUACGUCUGUCUCCUAAAUACUGAAGUGUAGAACUAUAUUGCAGUUUUAGGCUGAUCUGGAAAAAAACUCCAAGUUGGUUAUAGUCAGACUUUGGAUAUUUGAACCUGAAUUUUCAAAUAGAGUGGACAGUUCACUACAAUGUGGUGUUUAAUGCAUAGGCCCGUUUAUAGUAUAUAAACCAUAAGUUAUAUAGGCAUGGAUUUUUCAAAUUUUAGCCAGAACAGAGAAAUAUUAAAAAUGAUCCAGGUAAGCUAUUUCCAUGGCUUUUACUUGUCAAUUCACCAUGAUUCUUGGUUUAAUGACCAACACCCUGUGACAUAUUAGAGGAACAUCACUAAGCACAACAUGCACAAUAUCUACAUAUUUUGCAAGGAAGACCAAGUUAUAUUACACAUACAACACUAUGCUUUAAUUGAGAAAUUCUGUAUUGGAUAAAUGAUUGAAACACCAGUAGUGUCCCAAAUUUGAAUAGAGUUUGUUAUAGGAGGGUAGGGUGUUUGUAGAAGUGACCUUUGGGCCUUUGGAACCCAGAAUUGUGGGAAGUCUGUUCCAAUGAGGAGAGAUUGCAGGUCUACCCAACAUCUCUUAUCUGGGGGUAUCAGGUACCCACCUGGGUCAACUUAGCUGGUAAUUAAUUGAGAUACAGGUGGGAAAGUUCCAAACCACUUUUAGUGAGAUAUCGGAAAUAGGGAUACAAAUACAUAAAAUCAAAAGAGAUUAAAUGACAAACAGAGUGGAAGAGGAGAGUGAAUGGGCAAUUGACAACCCACUUAUCUGUUUCAUUCCCUGGGCAAAGCCUUUGUGCACCUACAGUCUUUGGCAUAGGGAGCGGACUUCAAGGGUGGAGAUGCAGUGCCCUAGCGAGUAACAGGCUGCACAGGCAGAAGGUAGCAGGUUUUGCACAAUGCAGGUGUAGAUAAAGGGGAGAAACAAACCAUCACUUUUAAGGAGAUUUGGGAAUUAGGGAUAAAACAAAUGGAAUAAAAAGAUCAAGUGGAAACACCCACUCACCUAUGUCAUUCCCAGGGUGAGUGGGUUUUGUUCCAUGGCUAUUGAUGGCCAAUUUUUUUUAAACCGCUUCAAAACAGAGUGACCAAGAAAAUGUGGAAUGGUGCCCAUAGCCUUCUUAAACCUCAACUGCUGCACUGAGCUUUUGUAGUUAUGGUUCGGAUAGUUUCCCUUUAAGAGAGCAAAAGAAUAGAUUCAAUAUGUAAGCAUAGUUAUAUCUUACAUUAUAACAAUGCAUGUACAUUUUAUACCAUUGUAUUUUAAUAUGAAAACAUGAAAGAAAGGAAAAUCUGGGAGUAUUGUGUAUAGGAAAGGUACAUAUAGUGAAAUCGCACACCUAACUUUAAGUCUACAUCUACGUGGAUAGUCAAAGAGGCAGAGUUUCACAUAUUAUUAUUCUAAAAGAGUUCUAAAAGAGGUGGAUUAGGUAGUGAGAUAAAACAGUGGGUUAAUGCGUUGUGUAUUAUAGGGGUUUGACCAUUAAACCAGAAAUUGCAAAUAUGAAUUCAAGCCAAGCUGGAAAAACUACUGAAUUGGCAAAUAUUUUGGUUUUUAAAAGUCUGAUUUAAUGCUAUGGAGACACACACAAAUCAAGGAGAUGCAAAAUAUCCCUGGGGGAAGGGGUGGUGGAGGGUAGUUGCUUAUUUAAAAAAUAAUAAUAAGUACUUAUCCUACUGAAAGUUAGUCCUAUCACUUCAACUUAGAUUGUCAGUUGUGUAUUCAGGGUUCCUUUUUCUCUUCACUUUAUUUGUUAUAUAGUAGUUAUACGUUUUUUCCAUCGAUUAUUUGUGUGAUUUGCAAUGUUUUUUUUGUAUACCUAAAAUUACUUGGAAAAACAAUGACAAAAAAAAAAAAAGAGAUAAAGACAUUUAACUGCAAAAUCUUUGGGAAAAAAGCAAUAAGCAAAAUAUUAGAUCUAAAAACAAACUGGUGUUUCAGUUUAGCUGCAUUGGCUCCUAAAGCAGGUAGCACAAAAUAUCACAACACAGGAGAGUGCUUUAUGUUAAUGUGUGUACAUAUCUGCUUGUUGGCCACUUGUGAGCCACCAGUCUUCCACCAUCAAUUCCACAUGAUUUUUUCCUCUUUAUUUAACCGUCCCAGACCAAGACUCCACCCUUACCAAGGUUACUGAUCUUUACUCAGCUUUUAGCCAUUUUAGACUGCUCUGUUACCAUUAGUUUCCUGACCAUUUUCCUACCUUUAACCAUCCCAUCUUUAACCAUCCUCCUUUCACCGUACAGCUGCCCACCUUCAGAGGAGCACCCUUCCCUCCUACACAAUACCCAGUUGUACACCUACUUAAAGAACAUUGUCACCUCAACACCACCUCCCCCAUUUCUGAACAUUUUCCCCUCUGAGAACACAGCUCUCCUUGGCCAAUACACAGCCUCCAGAACACAGUCUUCCUGUCCCAAUGCUAAGCCUCUUUGUGCAGUCAUCCAUUUAUUACUAUGAGGCCCAUCUGCUGGAUUCUCCUAUUAAUGUGGUGAUAACAGGCUCUAGAUCAGUACACCAGUCAGGCCCUAGUUCCCUUGUGGAAAAAAGAGCCCUCCGAUAACAGUAUUCUUUCUGAGCAGUUCAGAAUGGUUCUUAAUGGGUAGCUUAUCAAGGUCGAAAAUGAUGAAGAACGUCAUUGGGUUCAUGUGCCAGGUAGACCACAUUUUGUCCUGUAAUGGAUUAUUCCAGGCUGCACAGGGCUUUACGGGAUACGUACAGCACUGCCAAUGGAAGCAGAGACAGUGAUUUACUGCAAAAGAAGCACAUUCACAAUAUAGCUUUUAAAAUUAUUAUAUAUUUUUUAUAAAAAAAUAGUCUUCAAUCAUUGAAGAUACCAGGUGGCCAACAAGAUGAGGAUCAAAUUAUAAACAUAGAAAUAAACGGGAAAGGAGCACCUGAAUCAGGGAGGACUAUGUCUGAUUCAUGAAUUUAAAACUGAUUCUUGAUAGUGAAGGACCUCAAUAGUAUUUUAAGUUAUGAAGUCCAGUGUUUCAUUGCUGAUUGUUAAGCGUUAUUAUUAUUUUGACUUUUUGGGAUGUAAUUAUUAUGAUGAGUUUAAAGUCACUUGAGUUAAGAAGGAAUAAACUAUGAUUAUUACUGGUGCGUUAAACAUCUCUCUGAACAUUAGUGAUGAUGUAGUACUAACACUGAAGAAAAAGCAAUACAAAAGAAAGCAAUACAAAAUGGGAUAAUUUGAUCAAUGUAUAUCUGAUGACAGCAUAACUAAUAAGAGAUGCUGGUGACCAGAUGAACAUAAGAUAGACAGAACACAAGAUAUGAUUGCACUGAUUUAUAUAUAUUUUAUCUCAAAUUCCCUGAAAAUGUAUACAUUUAGCCAUCAUGUAAUGAUGUAAUGGGUAUCAUGAAGGACCAUAUUAUAAAGAGCUGUGGAAUAAGUCGACAAAUAAUAUAAAUAAUUCUUAUUGUAUUUGGGUACAAGUCAAUGCUCCUCGGUAAAUGAUUAUUCUGCUUGUCUCCAGAAGGUUUUCUGUGCAGAGGUGUGCCCGUUGCCACCUUGGUAUCUCAGCUUCAGAAAUGGUAAUGAGAGCAAGAGAAUCUGUCUACCACCUUAGUUGCUUUACCUGCACAACCUGCAACAAGACCCUGAGUACUGGAGACCACUUUGGAAUGAAGGAAAACCUUGUUUAUUGUCGGGCCCACUUUGAGCUUCUGGUCCAAGGGGACUUUCAUCCACAACUCAGCUACACUGAGCUAUCAGCCAAGGGAGGAGGGCUGGCUACCCUUCCGUACUUCAGUAAUGGGACAGGUGCAGUUCAGAAGGGAAGGCCAAGAAAAAGGAAAAGUCCAGCUUUAGGAGUGGAUAUCAUCAACUACACUUCAGGUGGGUUACCUCUAAAACUCAAUAUUAACAUUACCCACUGUGUCUUAUUCAUCUUUACUUAACUUUUUAAUCUUUAGAAAAAAAAGUACUAUCGUGUAGUCAUUUAUUAUAUGCACUCAUAUCUAUGUCUGAAUAUAAUAAACUACUACGCUAUAUUACUUGUGUUACUUUUCCUACGUGUUUCCUUGAUGAUGGAUGUUGAAUAAAAAUUCUCUGUACCUGUAUUGGUGGUAUUUAUUCCUAAAAUAUAUAUAUAUUUUUAAAACAUUUUAAAUAUAAGAUAUAUAUAUUUUUUUAUAGUCAUUAUUUUAUGUUAAGUUUUUUUUUUGUUUGUACUUCGGGGUGAAGUGUUCUUUGUGCCUUGCCCCUUUUUGGGGGAUUUCUUCCUGUAUUAUAUUUAUGUUAUUUAUUCUUGUGUGAGGCUUCAAAAUGAGUUUCCUGUGGCCACUUUUGUGUAAUUUGCCUAAUAGACAAAAUGGUGCCGUGGUCAAAAUAUAUAAUAUAUAUAUAUAUAUAUAUAUAUAUAAAAAAAUAUAUAUAUAUAUAUAAAUAUAUAUAUAUAUUUUUAUACAUAUCACAAAAUACAGGCCAGGAUCCAUACAGGAAAGGCUGUUGAGAUGCCAAAGAUUCUGAGGUUUAUAUUUUGUGUUCAUGAGUCAGGCAUUAAAUGUUACUGUCCUGUGACAUUCAGGAUUCCUGUCUCAGGUUUAAAUUUUUUAAUCCUUUAAGUUUGUCACACAAGCAAAAAUGAAUGUACGUCGUUAUCAGUAUUAAAGGACCACUAUAGUGCCAGGAAAACAUACUCGUUUUCCUGGCAUUAUAGUGCCCUGAGGGUGCCCCCACCCUCAGAGUCCCCCUCCCGCCGGGCUCUAGGGGGAGAAAGGGGUUAAACUUACCUCUUUCUCCAGCGCCGGGCGGGGGACUCUCCUCCUCCUCCAUAGCGACGUCAUUGGCUGAAUGCGCAUGCGCGGCAGGAGCUGCUCACGCAUUCAGCCAGUCCAUAGGAAAGCAUUCUCAAUGCUUUCCUAUGGAUGCUGGCGUCUUCUCACUGUGUAAAUCACAGUGAGAAGCGUGGAAGCGCCUCUAGUGGCUGUCAAUGAGACAGCCACUAGAGGCUGGAUUAACCCUAUUAUAAGCAUAGCAGUUUCUCUGGUUAAUCCUAGCUGGACCUGGCACCCAGACCACUUCAUUAAGCUGAAGUGGUCUGGGUGCCUAUAGUGGUCCUUUAAAGAGCAGCCGGAGUGGUGUUGUCUGAUAACCAAAGUUGUAACCCAAUAAAAAUAAGCUAGAGAACGAGAAUUAAAAUGAGAACAAGGAAUCCAUUCUAGAUUUCUAUAUCAUCAUUACAGAUUCUUAGAUUAGUCAUUAUAUUAUAUAUGUAGUAUAUUAGUCAUUAAUACAAUAUUCCUAUGGAUACCUGUAUGAGACAGAAAUAUUUUAGGGUUAGGUCAUAGACACAGCCAGGCAACGUUUUUCUAAAAACUUUUCUAUUACAUUCAUUUGAAACAUUUACGGAUAUAAAUGAUGCACAUGAAUACAUACUGUAUUUCCAUGACAUAGUCUAUUGUGAUAUUUUGUGCAUGUUGGGAAGUCCCCUUUUACAGAUGACUUUAUUACAGGUAUAGCAGAAACCAGAUCUUGGAAGAGCCUGCAGUGGUGGCUCCUUCUUCCAACGCCCCUAGGCAUUGUAUCAUUUAGAAAUACAGGCUGGAUGGUCAGGCGCUAUGAAACACAACAGAAUAAUAAUGUGAUUUGAGGAAAACCUGGGCUGUACAAAGCAACUGAAAACAUGCUUUUCUAAACAAUUUAUCAAGUCAUUAUCGUGGCCUUGUGUGCGUACAUGUGGCAGAUCCUUUGAUUGGUUAAACUUAUCACUUUUAAUCUUUGUGAGAAAAUACAAAGUUUUCCAAGUAAUACUGGAGUUUGAAACUUCUGGCGAUCUAGUCUCAUGCCCUCUGAUGCGUAAUAUAUGUGACAGGACUUCUCCUGUGCUAAUUAUUUCCUAUUAAUUAGAAUCGACACUGGAAUCCCUUGGCCAGCAACCAGCAUUUAAUCACCCAGCAAAACCCAUAAUCCACAUUUAUCUAGGAACUUUUUGAUUGCCACAUGGGAGUACAAUGCACCUGCACCUCUAACUAAUUAUAUCUGACCUUUGCAUAUCUGUUGUGAGCUUGUGUGUGUGAUUUUACACUAUCCAUUGCAUAAAAAAUACAAAAAUAAAAUUAAAAGACUAAAGUCUCAAAAAGUUGCUUAUGCUCUCAAGUUUACUUUCAAAUAAGAAGAAAAUAAUGGUACAAUGUAUUAAUGAUUCUGGAGAACAUGCUGUUAAUUCCACAGAUAGGGCAGUUAUCCAGAUUCCAAAUAGUCUUAUGGGACUCACCGUUUGCACAAUUCCUACCCGUGGACCCAUCCUCCCCCACUUCCUGAAAAAGAAAAGCUCAUUAAGGCAAACUUCUAUAAAAUAUGGUUUCACUAGAAGGUUUGUCAGGGCCCCAUUUGUAAAGAAUUGUUUGAUUCAUAGAUAACAAAUCGAGCAACACAAUAAACUAUUUUAUAUCUAUAAGAAAUCAAUCUAGAGUCAUCUUGUGGCCAUUCUUCUAUUUCACGAUGCCAUCCUGAUUAUAUAAUUAUUUAUUAUACUGUAGGAUAAAAUAUUGUUCUGUUAAAUAUUCUUUUAGGGAUUGCAGGAGACAAAAUUUAUAUUACGUUUACAAACUGACUGUAACAUGUAAAUAUAAUAUUAUGCUAUUAAUAUUAAUUUAUAUUAGAUGCAAUAAAGAACAGUUGACACAUGACAAUAGAUGUCCUGGAUGAGCAGAUACUGGAUAUUGAGCUUAAAUAUGUCUAUUUCAAUUUUUAUAUAAUUUUCUUCUUCACUGUGAGAAGGUGACUCAGCCAGAAUUCAUGACUGCGUGAACUAUGAAAGAAAAAUUCAACUGAUGUGAUUGAUAAAAAGGUGCUUGUUUCUACAAAGUAAAAACAUAUUUUUUUUUUUACAUUUCAAGUAUCUAUAUGUAUAUUUGCGUACCUAAACAGGACUUUUGAUGACAGUAACAGUUUUUCAGCAGGAUGGGUUAGCAGCUUUUCUUUCUGGGCAAAAAAAGGCUUCUCGAGGCUCCUUAAAAAUAGCUCAUGAAAAAUAAAAGAAAUUAUUUUAAAAUAAUUGAAUAAAGAAAACAAAAAUGGAGCCCGAAGCUUAUAUUAUUGUAUAUGAGGUUUAUUAAAUAAACACUGAAUUGUAGUGAUUUAAAUCGUAAUGGCAGAAUUGUGGCUGAUGUGGAGAAAUUCUCAAAUUCAACUAAAGUCACAGCUUGAUUAUUUUAGUCCCAGCUUAGCAAUUCUGAUUUUAUUUGUUAGAAUUCGGAGGUUAGUGCAUUAUGUGUGAUUUUUUGGAGUCAACCAGUACAUUAUUCCAGUGUUUCUGUGAUUAUAUCUUUAUGUAUGUAAAUGUGUGUGUGUGUGUGUUACUAGUUUAAUAAAUAUAUUCUAAAUCAUGCUUAUGAAGAUGUAAUGAUGUAAUACCGUUUUGUUUUAAAAAAAAAAUUAACGCAAUUAGUGACCACCUAAAAAUUAACUCCAUGUUAACUCAAUUCAUUAAGCAACUAAUUGCAUUUUAUAAUAUACUACCAUGGAUGAAACAGAAUGUAUACUGUAUACAAAAAUCAACAAUUUAAAUAAAACUAGUAUUUAUGUAAUGAAUAUAAUAAUUUGCCUUAAAAAUUGAAAACAAUUGCAAUAGUCUCCAAAUCUGUGUAAUCAUCAUGUAUCUGUAUAACUAUAUAUAACAGUCAGUAUAAAUCUGCAUUUGAGAGCUACAGGCAAAUAUAUAUAUAUAUAUAUAUAUAUAUACAUACAUAUGUAUAUAUAAUUCUCUUAGUAGAAUAAGGAUUUACUCUGCUUACUGAAUAAAAAGUUUCCCCUAGACUUUAUCAGGUUAAAUGUUAAACAGUAAUGUGAAAUCUUACUCUUUUAAGAAAGUAUAACUCAUAGUGUUUUUGAUGACUUUGAACUGCUGUGACAGGCAUUAUAUUAAAUACUUUUGUUUGUUUCUAUAAUUUCCAUUGUAAUAAUAAAAUAUAAACUCAUUUUUAUUUUUUUUAUUCUAUUUAUUUGCAUUUGGAUCCUUACAACGAGACAUCAUGGGACUUGUAGUUCUACCAAUACUUGAUAAAUUCUUAAUUAAUCUUAACUAGCAACCCCAAGCGGCUAAACAUGGCUCAUAAAUAUAUGUAUUCCCGUGAAGAUAUAGAAAGGAGGAGAAACAUUGUUAAAUUAAACUUUUACAUGGCUUCUCUAAAAUCUAAUUACCCUCAACCAAAAAGGGAUAAAACUAUUUAAAACAACUUAAAAAGAAAAAAAUCUGAUGUUUAAUUUAAAAUAUUCUAUAGUUUAAAAAAAUCCAUCCUAAGAAACAAAUUACAGAAAUAAAUACAGGAAGACAGCAAGAGUUCUUUAAUACUUUAGCUAAAAUAAGAAACUGCACAAUAUCACACUGUGUGCUAGUGCCCCCUAAUGGUGCCUUGGGAGAUAGAUGAAACAUUAAGGCAAACUAUCCCAUAUCCUUCCCUGAUCUCAUAUACCUGCCAAUACUUUCCAUUUUAGGAAGAAUAUCAAGGUAUAUAUGUUACAAUUUAGUUUGCUCUUUGGACAUUAAAUAUGGUUAUUACUAUGCUCGUAUUUUAAUAUAGAAUAUUCUAUAUUCUUAUUACUUGCCCCCAACUACUUGCUCAUCAUCAGUAAAGGUAUCAUAGAAUGCUGAACUAUACUCAGUAUAAAAAAAGGUAACUUGCACUCAGAAAAUUUAAUAUUUUAUUUGUUUAAAUAAAUAGUCAGUAAUACCCGCUUUCCAUAUAAAUGUACAGCAAUCCCAUUAUAUAGCUAUAUCUGACAAUUAAAGUAUAGAGAACUUAGAAUGGACAAAUAGCUCCUGAUGACUUAUUAGCAUUAGUGUGUGAAACGCGUUAGCCUAACUUCUCCUGCGUUUCUCAUUAUAGCAUCUGCAUGUUUUUAUUUGUGCAUAUUUUUAAUAGCAUUCAAUUUACCAGCAUGCUAUGAUCUACAUUUUUAUUAUAUAACUGAUUAUCAAAAAAUACUGUGGUCAACUGAACAACAACAAAUUAAACAAGAAAUUAACUUAUUCCUUAGAAAUAGUUUCCAUUACUUUCCCCAACAAACUAUUUUUUUCAUUUUAAUUCAUGAGUAGUAUGUAUUUGCACAAUAUAAAACAUUUUAACAAAAUACCAUAAUGUUUCAUCUAGGAGACUAUGACAGCAUCAGAACAUUUUUACUGUGUUAACAUUUUUACUGUGUAUAACCUGCAACUGCCUAUAAUUUCAUUUUACCCCUUGUUAUCAUCUGGACCCUACUUGUGGUCAUCAAUAACAUCUAUUUUAUUCUGUAUUUAAGAAUUAGAAUUCUUUUUGCAAGAAAAAUAAUAUGUCGCUUGAUGUAGUCCAAAUUUUGUUUUUUGUGUGUAGAAGAGUCAUUGAUAAUUUCUUAAUUUGUUGAUAUUCUUACCCAGGUUGCAAUGAAAAUGACACAGAUAUGGACCGCGAUCAAUCAUACCCUCCAUCUCAAAAGACGAAACGCAUGCGAACCUCAUUCAAACACCACCAACUCCGCACAAUGAAGUCAUAUUUUGCCAUAAAUCACAACCCAGAUGCAAAGGAUUUGAAGCAAUUGGCUCAAAAAACUGGAUUAACUAAACGAGUGUUGCAGGUGAGAUGAUUUUGCAAUUUUAUAAUUAAUAGUCAGAUAUUUUCCCUGUGUGACAUGUGAGUUCUUUGGUCUUUUAAAUAGAGAAAGGAACUUAUAAGCAUAAUGAUACAGUGUAGUUAUGGCAAAUGGUAUUGUGUGGUUUAUAUAGUUAAUUCAUCAAUAGAAUAGUCUAUAGUUCAUUAAUGAUUGGGUGACAUUUAAUUCAGGGCAUUUAAUAGAAAACCUUUGCUAUCUGUCUAAACCAAUAAAAAAUGAGCAGCACUGGAAAGCUGUCUCAUUUUUGAGUGAGUAGAAGCCCACAUCAGGAAGCAGUUGCCCUUGGAUGUUUAAUAUAAAAUAUAAGUGCUAAGCUAUCUAUAGUAUUAUUAAAAAUGUGUAUAUUUAUUUGUAGUAUUAUUGCAACAGAGCCCUUAGACAUUUUUUUUAAAAAAUUACCAAUUCCAUAUAAGUGCCAAUAUUUCCAACUUUAGCUUAAUGAAGCAGUUUUGGUGUACAUAUCAUGUCCCUGCAGUCGCACAGCACAAUUCUCUGCAACUUAGGACUUAAAUAACUUUGUUUAUAGGGCCCUAGCCACACCUCCUUGCAUGUGACUUGCACAGCCUUCCUAAACUCAUCAUGUAAAGAGUCAUCUAAUAUUUACACUUUCUUUAUUGCAAAUUCUGUUUAAUUUAGAAUUUCUUAUCUCCUGCUCGGAUAAUAGCUUGACAGACCCUGCAGGAGCCUCCUGUGUGUGAUUAAAGUUCAAUUUACAGAGCAGGAGAUGAAAACUUUUAAAGUAAGUCUCACUGCUUAGUGCUCUGCUGUUUGGGGAUAAAUCAGUCCUAGCCACACCUCCAUUGGCUGAGACUAUCACAGCCAUUCUACACACUUGCUGAAAAAAAGUCAAAACAUUUUAGGUUCUCUAAUUGUAGGUGUUUACCCAAAAUUUAUAUAAACGUGGACAACACAUACUGAAGAACUAGUUAAUAACACAUGCAAUCCUACACCAUGCUUUCUAUGAGUGUCCCCAACUAAAAAUAAUUAUAAGCAAGUAAUAAAACUUAACACUUCAAACAAUUGGCACUUAUAUUGGCUAUCAAUUGAUAAUACUAGAUUACAGGGCACUUUCCUGAAUUCAAAUCUACACAUUUUUGAUGAUAGAUUUCCUUCAUAUGAUCUGUGAUUUAAUUUCAAUCCCAUCCUUACCUACUGUGAAGCACGUUCAUUUUUCAGUCACGUACUGUACAGUAAUUUCCUUGUCAUUUAUUUAAAUGCAAACACAUUUAAAAUGAGCGUUGUACUCACAAUGGUUGGAUGAUAAAGUCUGAUAACAUUUACUGGGUUAUUUACCAGUGUGAGAAUUGAUGGGAGUUCAAAGUUAAUUUCAAUAUUUAGGCCAAAUGAGAAAAACUCUGUGGUCAGUUUGACUAUUUUGAGCGUGAAAUUUGAAUUCCCGGCAAUUCAUAUAUUAAUAAAUAACCCUCUUAAUCUGUACAUUGUUCUGGCUCUAUUUCUGGAAAAUAUAUAGAUUAACCAUUACUUUUAAAUGUUUGAAUACCGGCCUCUUUAAUCAUCUACAAACACAUCUACGUGCUCCCAAGACCAGUGUGGACUCCUGCAGGGGUACACGGCCUUUUGUUAGUACAUAGAUUGGGAUACACUCCCUGCAAUCUCAAUACGAGUGAAUGAUACCCAUACAUUUGUUAGCAAUGUGUCUAACAUCAUGUAUACAUUAAAUGCUAUGCUUUGUAAAGUGCUACCACAAUGUCAUAUUUAAAAAAACAGGUGCACUUAUUUGACAUUUUUUUGCCAGUAUGAUGCUGUUUCUGUCAACAGAGGAAGGUAAAGUUUAUUAACAAAAUUAUUGUGAGAGAACAGCUUCAAAUAAAAUAAGGAGUGCAUUUUAAACACAGAAAAGAUAAAUAAAUAAGUAAAUAAAAUAAUCGGUAAAAGGCAUGCCCUGGGAUUGGUUUGCAGGUUUGGUUUCAAAACGCACGGGCGAAAUUCAGGAGGAAUCUUUUGCGGCAGGAAAAUGGGGGAGGCGAUAAAGUGGAAGGUCCCUCUCUCAGCGCCCCAGCAUCCGCGGACAGUGCUGCAUUAACACCAACCGGUGCAGCAUCCACAUUAUCAGACCUCACCAGUCCCUCUCUAAAUGUUGGGGGAUCUGUCACCCCAAAUAUGGACACCCAUGAUUCCGGGAGCCCGUCUCAAACAACUCUCACCAACCUUUUUUAACACCUUCUGUGGCCCUCUCCCCAACAUUCCUCAUGACAUACAUUUUUCUUUUGUAAGACUGUGCAUUCUUCUUAUCUUUUUUUUUGUUUUUUGUUCAUUAAAUGAAAUAAAACUACAACCUGCUAUGGAGGAUAUAAGAGCUUAACAGCCAUUCAGUGACUUAUAUACAGCAUAUAGGCAUUGUUUGUGUGUUGUCCUUCAUUGCCAGGAAAGUAUGAGGUGACAAGGAAAGGAUGUAUAUAGAGAGACAAAAGAUGAAGAGUUACAAGCCAUGAACAACCCUUCAUAAAUGUUUGGAAAUCUGUGGAUUACUUACUCCUGAGACAUAUCAUUCAAUGUUAGAGUACGGGGCAGCAGUGUGUUGUGUGUGGCUAGACGGCUUGUAUGAUGUCAUCCUCACACUAUGUUCCAUAAUAUUUUCCUUUUCACUGUGAUCCUCUAUUAUCAAUACCCAAUUACCCUUAUCACUGUGACUGUCUAUUUACUGAUGUCACAGACAUAUCACCAUUUAACUGGUUUUCUGUGAGUCCAGCUGUUUGUGGAUAAGGUUUUACUGAUGUGAAAAAGAGCAUUCUUGGUUUUAAUUGGCCCAAACUACAUCAAGUAGAUUUCUGCGAUGGGGCACUUAAAGGGGCACUCCAGGGACCUGUCUGGAGAAAUAUGUAGAUUAAGUUACAAUUAGUCGUGGUGGGUGUUCUUUUCUUAAUCUUCCCUAGUUUAAAUAAAAAAAAAAAAAUACUAAUUAGCACUAACUAAUUUUGCUUCAUAGGACCACCUUCUCUACCUCUUUCUUCCAACCUGCAGUGUUACCUUUUUUUUUUUCUUUAACAGUUCUGGUACCAUUGUCACAUGACUUAAGUUACUACUUGGAGUUGUAGUUCAGUUGUUUCCUUUCUGCUGCAGAAGGCCGACAAAUUAACUACAGCUCCCAGGAACCAUUGCAGUUUACAUGUUGCACUGCAUAUGGGAGAAACUCAGAACUGCUCUGCAAAGCAUAGUAAGCAUCACUCUCUUGUUUUUUUGGCUUCAACUCAUUGCAAACACAAUCAGGUUUUUUUUUGUAAUGCAAAAACCUAAAAUGUGAAUCUCUUCAAUUACGUUAUUAGUUUCAAUUUACGGUUUUUGCACAUUCUUUUUAUGUACUCUUUAUUUAAGGUUUUACAAAUUGGGUUAAAUCCAACCUGGAGUGUCUCUUUAAGCUCUGAAUUUCUUGUAUACCGUUCUACAUUAUAUGAGUCUCCAACUCAUUUAGGCUCAAUGAAAGUAUAAUUCUGUCAUAACAAACCAGCCAUUAACGAUCCAACAUCGAAAUGGAAUGUCUCUGAUUUCAUUGUGGCAGGAUUGUGUAGAGCUGCAUACAAUAAAUAAAUUAGACAUUCCACAUUGAGUGGGUCGUUAUGGACUAGAUUUUGUUGAUGGCAUGCUAUAUCAUUGUUCCUUAAAGAGUUACAUUAUCAGCCUCCAGAUACCAUAUCCUGCAUUUUUGGAUUAUAUGCAGAUUACUACUCUUACUCUUUCGCUACAUUCUUCUGACUUUUAACUUCAAAUGAAAAGACACACACAAAACCAGAUGACAUAAAUUGACAAUAAAGAAAAUUACACCAAUGUACAUCUUAUUUUGUUUUGUUAAAAAAUAACAAAUGGGAUAAGGGUUAAUAAUAUCUAAUGUACACAUCCUUAUAAGUGCCUCUACACAAUUAUAUCUUAUUAAUUUCCAUCGACUUAAAAAAUAAUUAACAAAAAUCAAAUGUCAUAGUUAAAAUUAAGUGCACAACAAAACUUUUUCAGUUUGAAGCAGCAAAUUUCUUGUUUUUUUUUUUUGUUUUUUUAUAAAUUGAAAUAUUUACAGGAAGCUGUCCCAUUGAGAAAAUGUGUAUGGCUAAAGACAUUUUUUUCUGUUAAAGUAUACAUAAACAUUCUCAAUUAAUUAUAUACUUUUUUAUAUUUUAGUAAUUAUUAUUUUCCAUCAAUAGUAUAUUCUUUCCAUUUUAAUUAAGAACAAAUAAAUGGAAAUACAUUUCUAAUCUUCAUUUAAUAAAAAAUAUUUUAAAAAAGAAACCAUGGUUGUCAAAAGUUACUUAACGCAGAGGUUAUAAUUUAAAUUACAUUUUGUUUUUAUUAAUGUUUACUUUACUCCUUAAUCAAAUUUGUAGGCUCGCCAUUUAAAACAAAGCAAUUGAUUUCAUGUUACAUUCACUUUAUAAUUGGAAAAUAUACACAAAACAUUUUUUUUAACAAUUAUAAUUUUACAUUUCAAGACUUUUAAUAUUUUUUAGUUAUUUUUUUUAAGAUUAGAUGGAAAUAAAUAAAAUAUGAUUUGUGAAAAUGUGUGAGCAGUGAGGUUUUUCCACAAAUUUUGUUGAAUUUGUUACAGAUCAGAUUGUACCAUACAAACAUUAAGUAUUUCUAAAAUAUAAUAUUUUUGUUACUUUUGUAUAAAAUAUCUCAUGUGCAAAUGGAUGUUGUUUGUGUUUUCAAAUUGGAUGCUAAUUUAAAGAAUACUCAGAUAAAAAUCAAAACAAUCUGGAUUUCUCUUGUUAAUUUUCUCUUGUAUCUUGACUGGAAUAUAUAUAUAUCUCAUAAAAUCCAUAUUUUAGCAACAUCUAGCAUGCAGGAAAAAAAUAGCUGGAGAUGAGAGCUGUACAAAUAAUUAGCAAGCUGUAAUUCAUAGCUAUUUAUCUGAAAAACAAAGAAAUUGAUUUAAGCAUUUUACAACUCAUAAAAAUCAGUCACUAGAUUUUCAAUGGGUCGCAAUUAGUUCCAACUAAAGUAUAUAAACUAUAUAUACACACAUAGAUAUAUAUUGUAUGAUGAUAAAAUGAAUUUCACUUUGAAUACAUUGCAUUUAGGAUACAAGAAAAACAAACAUAAAAUUCCAGAAAAAAAAGACUAGUGUCACAUUCCUGUGAUGUGAUUAAAUGGCUUUGACAUUGAUGAUUGUUAAUUUUUUUUAUUCAUAAAAAUGAUUGUGUACCAUUUCUCGGAAAUGACGUCUUGCUUGAUAAAAAUAAAGCUUUUGCACAUUGAAGUAGUGUUUUAUGUUGAGGGAUUAUUUAAAUAAAUAAAAAAAUUUUAUCCUUCUCAAUAAAAUUAAUGUGCUGCACUGUAGAGAAAGGUGACAAAUGAAAUAUAAUCAGCUCCUUAUCUUCAACCAUUGUUCAUACAAAAUUCUGGACAAUAAAAAGAGCACUGAAGUAAAAACCCACAGGUUGAGACUAAAUAUUGCUGUGAAAGAGACAUUUUACUUUUGUCACAUACUUAUUAUAAACACACCUUUUUCUUAAAUAGCAGUUGCCUGCUAUUAUGCAUAGGCUUGUACAAAAAUAGGCCUAUAACCAGCAAUUAGGCCCAAAGUAAACAAGCUUAGAGUUACUGUCACUUCUGGCCCUAGACUGGAAUAGACCUUUAGGAAAUGUAACUAUCUGGUAAAGCUUCCCAUAUUUAAAUAAUAAAUAUUUUUUUUAAAACGUUAGGCCUUGCAAUUUAAAAAAAAAAUAAGAAAAAUUCCAUGCAUGUAGAGGUUAUAUCAGCAUACUAUGAUAUAGCCAAGAGGAUUGCUAAUAUUUUGGCCUAUUAACUUAAGUAUAAUCAGUUUUGUAAAUUGAAAAACUGGGAGGUGAAGCCCUGGAUUUCUUAUCUGAGAGAAUUGCAUGGUAAAAAAUAAUUACAUUUUACCACAAUGGAUUCUUCUGAUCACUACAUAACUCUAUGAAAAAUGUGGUGGUGUUAGCUAGAAUGCUACUUUAAAUACACAACCAUUAUUUUUCCAAUGGUGGAAAUUCAGGGAUGGAAAUGACCUAAUGGUUGUAAGAUUAUGUUUUGUAUUGCUUGGGCAUACAAGGAGACUGUUGGAUUUAUGAUACAAUUUGUGAAAUAUAUAUUUUGUUUUGUUUCAAUUCCAUUGCUGGUGAAUAAAAACAGACUCAACAGAAAUUCUCUGAACAUUAUUUAAGAUCAGAAAAGAAUUGUUGAAUCAGACGAGUCAUAGAAUUUAAACAUGCAAAGCUCCUGACUGUGUAGACUCUCAUUUAAUUUGUUUUAAAGACACCAUACUCAAAAAUUUUAAAAAUAGGACCAUAUCAGGAAAUUGAGCGUGAGACCUACUGGUCUGUGUACAGGCAGUAACAUCAGAAAUAUAAAUAGUUAGAGCAGGUAACCAAUAUUUUUGGGGUAAAAUAAGCCCAUCUUGAGCAUACAAGACUCUUAAUCAUUCUCAAUCAAUGUUGGGUAAAGUGCACUUGAUCUAGCUAUUUUGCUCAGGAUUUUACAAUCAUGAUAAUGGAGAUUCCGCUAAUAUUGCAUAAAUCGUAUGCUAAAUUAUCUGCAUUUAAGUUAAAGAGAGGCUUUUUGAAAAGACAAUUACUUGUUCGGACAUGUACAACUCAACUCAUCUUGUCAUUUUAUAUAAGAUUAUAUUGCUAACCCUUCUAUAAAUUUCAUAGAGAAUCACAAAAGGGGGAACUCACAUAAUAAGUUAUUCACAAUCCUAUCUGAUUAAUAAAUAGAAGGCAAAAUUAAUUUGUUACAAAAACAAUGUCAUGCACUUUUCUCUGGUGAAGAAGAUCCAGUCGGCAGCCACUGUGAUUUAGUAUUCAUCAAUAGGGAAUUGGAAAAAGUAGUAAUGAAAACUGAACUUUUAAAAGGUAAAGGGGGUUAGACUACCAAACAUCUAGUCUAAAUUUCUGAGGUUUGAAAAACGUAGCUUUCGCUCCUUUUGUUCUUCAAUCUGACUGUUUUAGGCUACUGUUUGCAAUAUUAAAGUCUAUUCUCAACACUUGUCUUAGUAAAUAACAACUUUAAUGCAAAAUUGCCAGUUCCCCUUGACAUAUCAAUUUAACACAAUAAUAAUAAUAAAAAAAAAUAUUGUAUAUAUUUUUUCCGGUAACAUAUUUCUUUCUAAAUUGUAUAUUCUGCCUCUAUAAAAAUUUUAUUAAACUCCAUUUUUUGGAGUUAUAUCUCAGUUUUAUAAGUGCCUUAUUGUACUUCAGAGUACUAUUGUGAAAUUCAGGAUGAAUAAGUGUUGUUUGUUAAAUUAACUGUUUGAAUCCCUUUUGACAACUCAAUAGUUUUGUACUGUUUAUUAUUUCUGAUUUAAAAAAAAUCCUUUAAAUUCUGUAUCCUACUAGAAGAAACAGAUUUGGCAUCUGAUGAAGUUGUUUAGUCUGGGAAAAAUCCAAUAAUCUUAUAUAUACACCUUCGUGUUUCAGUACAGUUUGUGGUAGAGCAAAAUUUGUCCAUGUUUUAUUUUUUUGUUAAUUGAGAAAUGCAUUGUAUAGAUCAAUAUUCCUUGAAUAUUUAUGGACCAAACCUUUGUGAAAUAUUCUGAUUAAAUUUGUGUGAAUAAACAAUUUGCAUUCAGUGGAGUUUUAUUUUUAUCCUAUGUUACAUUUUGUUAUCCCAUUCCUGAUUUUGUCUCUUUGAAAACAACGCCAGGUAUUUAAACAGAAUUUUAAUUUUAAAGUGCUAAUAAGUUUCAAUUUAUAUAUUGCUUUUUCCCCUCAAGAUUUAACAUUUUUUAAAAUAUUUUUUUAAACUAUUUAUUUUUAUAGUUUGUUUGGACUGCUGUAAGGUAUAUAUUUUUCAUUUGCCAUGGUUAUUGUUUGAACAGAAAAUUAUUAAUAAUAUGGGGAGGUAUGUAUCAAAUAAUUUAAAGGUGCCUUAAAUUAACACUAAAAAUAUGAGUAUUUUUGACAAAAGAUAAAAAAAAAUCAUUAAAAGUUAACAGGUUCCAGAUAUAAAUAUCUAAAGGAUUUGAAGAGGAGAUUUUAGCAGAACUGUAGGAAUUUAAUUAUUAUGGUUGCAGUUAUACGCAACAGAUCUUAUCAAAAGUCAUUUGGAUGGAUUGCGGUUAAAAAAAGGUUUCAAAGAUUCAGUAUAGUUAAACAGAAUUGUUUUAAGUACCUUCAGAAGCAUAUUAAAAUUAUAAAACAUUUAUUCUUGGCCAUUAAGAAUGCAGUGUUGCCUGUACACAAUAUAUUAUAUCCUAAAAUACUCAUUAUGUCUCUAAUGUAGAUAUAAUUACAGAGGCACUAAUGGAGAAUUAAUUAGGAAAGUUAUAGAAUAAUAAUUGUUGAGGAUUUAUUUAAUCACUGUUUUAAAAUUGUAAAAUAUAUUAAAAAUCUGAAGUAUAAAAUAUGAAGAAAAAAGACAUAUUACAAAUAUAGUAAAAUAUUAAGAAAAAAUGUAUUGGGAAUAUUUAUCAAGGUAAAACCUAAAAAUUUACUUACUUUUUCUGAUAGUAGAAAUAUGGCACUUGAUUGACAUGACCCAUUCUGACAAGUAAAAUAUAUGGGAAAAUAAUAACAGUCACUUAGAAAGCUAUUAACAAAGUUAAACGAUUGUUGAAGGGAGGAGUUGGUGAGAAGGAGCAAACUGAUUUGUUGACAUGGAAUUAAGGUAUACGUUUUGGGAGCAGUUUUUGAUUAAAUUCUUCAGCACAAUUUUAUUUUAUCAUGAACUACAGUUUUCCCUCUAUCACUGACACUAUCUCCUUGACUGUUUAUUGGAAUUUCCAGGUGCUUGGUUCUAUUUAAAGCUUUGUACUUAUAAGACCAGUGGCAGGAGGAGGAACUUCAUAACAAGUUACAUCCUUUUUUUAUGGCGCAGUGACGCAAAAAAGAAAAUUCUUACCCUGGCUCUCAGAGCAAAAUGGCAUCACCUUGAUACAUUCAGCCCCAUAUGCAGAAAUCAUUAACUGCUUUGUUGGUGAAAGGUGUCAUGCGCAGGUCUCUGCAACAGUGGAGGAAUGAUUUCUGGGUUUGCUAAGAAAAAUAAUAUCAAUAAUUCAAUUAAAAAAUGCUUACCCCGUUAGUGCCAGGUUGCUCUGUAGUUUAAUACAUUUUUUUGCUAUGAUUUUUUUCAGGGAGAACAAUGUUCGGGGUUUAACAGCCAUACAACCCGGCGUUUGAAAAUUCCCUAA